GUUCAGUCCCCUCCCACUUCGCUACUCUAGGACUGUCACCGGCCAUUCGUGGGGGUUACAAGAGGAGCUGCGUCACCGGCUGCCGAGUGACAGCGCGCUGGGGGGAGAGCGACGCUACAGCGGCUCCACGGCGGAUGUGUCCUACCCGUCCCCGCUAGAGGGGAGCUGGGCUGUGUGUGCCAUGUCUUCCACACACCCCCGAGUGAAGCGCAGCUCCGGUUCCCCACCGACCAACGGGUCCGGCGCCAGCCGCCUGCUUCAACCCAUCCGGGCUACAGUGCCCUACCAGCUCCUGCACGGCCCCAGCCGCUCCCCGUCAGCCUCGGUGGGGAGCAACACGGAGCCGGGCCCCCACAGCCCCUCCAACGGCACCCCGCCUUCCCCUCUCCUCCCCCAGCCCGAGCCGGCCGCUGUCAGGGUCCGCCGGAGGAGGAGCACCUCCCCGGACAGGAGGAGUGCCGGGUCCCCCGGGAGCAGAGGUGAGAGACUGGAGCUGCCAUGUGUGGGCUCAGGACCCCUACACGCCCCCUCCUACAGUGAGCCAGGGUGCAGGGACCGGCCUGUGAGAACCAGUGUGGGGGUCCCCCACCUAGACCCCCCCAAACUACACCAGGCUCAGCUUAGCUCGGCCACACAUUAACAAACUGAGCUCAGCUCGGGGUCCAUCCUUACACCAUGGAUUAACACCCCCCCUCCAACCAAGGCUCAGUACAGAUCCCCCCCCUCAACCAGUAAGGCUCAGUACAGGCCCACUCCCCCAACCAAGGCUCGUGCGUUCCUCCAACCAAGGCUCCAGGUACAGACCCCCACUCCAACCAAGGCUCAGUACAGAUCCCCCCCCACUCCAGCCAAGGCUCGGUACAGAUCCCCACUCGGUACAGACCAAAGGCUCAGUACAGACCCCCCACUCCAACCAAGGCUCAGUACAGACCCCCACCCAGUACAGACCCCCGCUCCAAAAGGCUCCAGUACAGGGCCCCACUCAACUCAGUACAGACCGGUACAGACCCCCACUCCAACCAAGGCUCAGUACAGACCCCCACUCCAGCAAGGCUCAGUCAGUACAGACCCCCCACUCCAACCAAGGCUCAGUACAGACCCCCACUCCAACCACUCCAGGGCUCAGUACAGACCCCCACUCCAACCAAGGCUCACAGGUACAGACCCCCCCACUCCAACCAAGGCUCAGUACAGACCCCCACUCCCAAGGCUCAGUACAGACCCCCACUCCCAGCCAAGGCUCGAGUACAGACCCCACUCCAGCCAAGGCUCAGUGUGACCCCCGCUCCCUAGCCAAGGCUCGAGCCACAGACCCCCACUCCAGCCAAGGCUCAGUACAAGGCCUGGGCCCCAGACCCCCACUUCCAACUCGAGGCAGUACAGACCCCCCCCACUCCAACCAAGGCUCCAGUACAGAGUGCUCCAGACCCACCCCAACCCCCCACUUCCAGUACCAAGGCUCAGUACAGACCCCCACUCCAACCGGGCUCAACCAAACCAAGGCUCAGUACAGUACAGACCCCCACUCCAACCCGGCUCAGUACAGACCCCCACUCAACCAAGGCUCAGUACAGACCCCCACCCCCACUCCAACCAAGGCUCACAGACCCCCACCCCACCAGAGGCCCAGACCCCCCACUCAACCAAGGCUCAGUACAGACCCCCCACUCCAACCAAGGCUCCAGUACAGAUCCCCAGGGCUCAGUACAGAUCCCCCACUGUGACCAAAGCUCAGUACCAAGAUCCCCACUCCAGCCAGGCUCAGUACAGAUCCCCCCACUCCAACCAAGGCUCGGUACAGAUCCCCCCACUCACUCCAGAUCCCCCCACUCCCAGAUCCCCCACCUCCAACCAAGGCUCAGUACAGAUCCCCCUCCAACCAAGUGCUCAGUACAGAUCAACCACUCCAACCAAGGCUCGGAUCCCCACUCCAAAUCCAAGGCUCAGUACAGAUCCCCAUUUCCAAAUCUCCCCCACUCCAGCCAAGGCUCGAAGUUUUACAGAUCCCCCCCUGCAACCAAGGCUCAGUACAGAUCCCCCCACUCCAACCAAGGCUCAGUACUCCAGCAAGAUCCCCCCCCACUCCAGCUUAGGCUCCAACCAAGGCUCAGUACAGAUCCCCACUCAACCAAGGCUCAGUACAGAGGUCCAGAUCCCCCCCACUCCAACCCAGGCUCAGUACAGAUCCCCCCACUCCAAGUACAGGUCCCCACUCCAGGCUCCAGGUACAGAUCCCCCCAACCAAGGCUCAGUACAGAUCCCCACUCCAACCGGGCUCAGUACAGAUCCCCCCACUCCAACCAGGCUCAGUACAGAUCCCCCACUCCAAACCAAGGCUCAGUACAGAUCCCCACUCACUUCAGUACGGCUCCCCUCCCCCUACAGAUCCUCUCCCUCCCUCCCAGUUCAACCAGGCUCAGUACAGCCCCCCACUCACUUCAACCAAGGUUCAGUACAGAUCCCCCGCCAGUACAGAUCCCCUCCACUCCCCCCACUCACUCCAACCAAGGCUCAGUACAGACCCCCCCUCACUCCAACCAGUCCUGUGCAUCCCCUCCAUCCCAUAAUGAAUUGUAGUAGGGGUGCUUUUUAUCUGUGGAGGCUUUAAUAUACCUCCCCAGCCCCCAUAAUGAGGUCAGCUCACAGGGUGCGUUUAGAAACCUGCAGGGAAGACUCAGGAAUUUGUUAGCUGGGCCUAAGCAGAACAUAUGCGAUUUCUAGUCCAGUGCACCAUCUGCUUUUUGAGUUCUUUUCACCUUUACAUAAUAUUUGCACUCAGAUUUCUAUACAAUAUAUAAUGGGGGCAUUCCUGUAUGUGGAUAAAGUCAUAGUUGUAUAUUAAAAAAUAACCCACAGCUAAUGCCCUUUUAGAGAUUAUACAUUCUUCAGCGUCUGAAGUCUCUUCUAGUGACCUAGAGCAUGUACGCAGUUUAAUCCACUAAAUUUAGAAUUGUAAAGGAAAUGGCAACGGAAUUGCAUAUUUUAGGCCUUAAGAGCCAGAUUUAAAGACUUGUUCAAACCACCAAUAUUUUAAUUUCUGCUGUAUUUGGCAUACAAAUUUGCUAUACAAAUUUGCUUAAAAUAUACUAAACACCAUAGUGGAGUUAUUCCCUAACCCAUGAAUUUAUGAACUAGUGACUCACACUAGACCGAUCCAUGCAUAACAAUAUUACACGUAUUUUUAGUGGGCCCGUCCAUCUCAGUGUUUACCCAGUGCAUGCCCCGGGUAUCCGUUUAUGAUGGUGGACUGUCUGGUGGCCUGCCUUAUAUGUAGAACAUAUCACUUGUUUGUUUUUCAUUACUGAAAGAAAACACAAUUCUCUCUUGAGAUGCAAAAAGUACUUCAAAAUAUAAUGGAUCUCAUGGGUUCUGAUAUAUAUCAUGAGCGAUGUGCGUGGAACUACUUAUUUCAAAUUUAAGCAAAUCUAUAUAUACUUGUGGUAAACAUGCUGCUUUUUUUUUUUUGCGGUUUGGAAAUCCAAGGUUUACGUUCAAUUUGAGUAGUUCUAGGAUAUAUCACAGAUGUAUUAAUAUACAGCAUUUGUUGUAAAAUUACUUGCGCAGACUUGCGUUGUUUUUCAACAUUAGGAAUUUUAAAGAGAAAUAGUAAUUUGAUGAACUUGCAAGGAAUGUUUGCAUUUUAGUAAUUUCUGUGUAGGAAGAUCCUUAUUAAGUACAUUUUCCUAUGCUAGUUUAUUAAUUGUGUAAAAUGCAAUAGUUUUUUGACUUGUAUAGUAGUCUUAACAUAUGGUAUAACUUCAUACCAUGUGCAUGUGAGUUGUUAGUAUGAAAAAAAAAUUAAUUUUGUUUUAAUCUAUAAACGAAGAGCCUUUUUAAAGUGUAAAAAGUCCAUCUCUCUCCUUUUUUGUGCUUCAGUAUUUUCAGUUUGUGCUAAUACAUUUACACUCUACUGUUGUGAAACACUUUAGCUCAGCAAGGUAAAUUGGUCAUGCGAUUUAGCACUCUCUGUACUAGGCCGCAAUGUAGCGUUUGCUAUAAUGCUCUCAGAGGUUUUUAAUUGCCUAACUGUGAAAGGGUUAAUUUCUCCCAGGAUUACUAGAGUUUGGAGUUAGACUUGCAUUGCGAUCACAAUCAACACGACAAGCCGGCACACCCACUUUCCACAACAAAAUCGGUUCUCUAAAAAAUAAAAAUGCUUGCAGAAAACCUGCUUUGGCUUAUGCAGUUGUCUAUGAAAUGUUGUCCCCUAUAUUACUUCUGGUGCUGCUGAUUUUACAUAAUACGAUAGUGUGAAAUCCUGUCUUCUGUACAUACACCUUUCUAGUCUCUUCUUUUGUUGUCCUUCAAGCAGUUACUAUGUAAGUGUUGAUGUUUUGUUUUGUGGUUGUAACUGUGAUCGUGUGCAUAGUGCUAUAAGUUCUUGAAUAGUUAGGUUUGCAUUAUAGCAGUUCGAAAGAUUUUUUUUUAUUGUAAUUUUUUUUAGUAUCGUUAUGACUUUUUCUGGUGCCGGGCUGACACUGGUUUCCAUUUAAAGAAAUAAGUGCCCUUUGUGAUGUUGUUUUUGCUUAACCUAUUCAGUUUAAUUUAUUUGUGGCAAAUAACACCAGUUUAUUAUGAGAACAUUAAUACAUGCUGAGGUCUCCUAAAUGGGGGGCGUGGCAACACUAAUUGGGUGGCGGUUAAAUGCAGUUUGUCUAUUAACCUAAUAUUUCUAAUUCAUUUUUGUCUUUAACCAAUUGUAGAACAAAGGGGUGCUUUGUCAAAAGCUCAUGUUUCCAGUGGCAUUUUCUUAAUGAAAGUGAUCUAGGCUUGCUGGUUGAAACACUUACCAGCUUUUUCCUGGACUUAAGAAAUAUCUUGGCCAUGCAGGAAUGUGGGGGUGAGUUCCCAUGGAUUGUACCGAAGCUAUGUGCACCUAACCUGUUACAAAACCAUUGGGACCUAAUACAAUACCAAACACCGGUAUAUAAAUACAAUUUAAUACCAAAGAUGUAAGAGGUUAUAACUUGACUGUUCCUUAAAACAUGAAAAACAGAAUCUUUCAGUUUGAGAAAGAAACUAAAUCGGUCAUUCAGCCCCUUUGAUUAGACAUGCCUUUAUUAUUUUCUGACCUGCUUUUAAAAAUAAAUAGAAAAUAAAAAUAUAAUAUAUAUAUAUAUAUAUAUAAAAAAAAAUUUUUAUGGUCAAAACACUAGUUUAUGUGGUCAUGACACUGUGCAUUUUGUAUAACUGUUUUGUUAAAAUUGAUUCGGAAUUGGUGUUAAUUGGCAAGGAAAUUUAAUUACAGGCACUUAUUUAGGAAACCGUGGCGUGCUGGCUAAGUCAGUCUGGGGCUAUUAACGUCUGACGUAAUUGGGUCUAUAUACUGGCAGUAUAUAAAUGUAAAUCUUUGUAUAAUGAUACUGUUCCUUGCUGCUUCGGCUAGCAUUGCAUACAUGUAUAUUUAUCUUUUUUAUUGCUAUCCAGAUUUGUCUAAGGGGCUAAAAAAAAAAGGUCUAGCCUGCUCAUGCUUGCUUUGUGUCAUUAAGAUAGCUACCCUGUGAUGUGGUAUUAUUGGUUAUUGUCGAUAUUUUGUAAUGCUCUUAGCGCUUUUUUUUUAUAUAAAGAGACAGAUUUGCACAGUGUAUUAAAACUCCUUCCCUGACGGCCUCCUUGUCAGCAGAUGGGCAAGGAGGGCCAUGAGGUGACACAAGUAAGCAGAUACUCUUUCAUCAUCUGUGCAUAAUCCAGAAAGACGUUCUGCCCUGGCAAAUGUUAGUGGCUUCGGACUGAAUUCAGAGCAGGCCUAUGCGUUUAUCCAGAUUGUGGCUGCACAAAGCAGUAUAAAGUUGCAGAGCAUAUUUAAACAAAAAAUAAAUCUGCACUUUUUUUUUUCUUUUUCAAUUAGUGGUGCAAAUUGGCUUAUUUAAUGAUACGUAUUUUAUUUUUAAAUCUCUCUCCAAAGUGUAUUUAGACAGCUGAUAUUUUCAUUUGUUUGUCAGCCUUGAAGCAUCUGUUGUCGUCAUCUUUUCUAUUCCAAAUCUUUUAUCUCCACUGCAUUGUCAUUUCUUGCAAUAAUGUAGAGGAAGCCAUAUUCGGCAAGUAAAAAAACCAUGGUUUGUUUUAUUUAUUCCUCCCCCACCCCCUCCUAUUUAUAUUUUUGUUUAAGAUAAACAAAUCUCUUUUGCAACUUGCCUAAGUUGUUAAUAUUUUUUUUUUUUUUUUUACGUUUUAUAGUUUAACAUUAUAUUAAAAUAGUGUGCAAGCAACAUCAAAGAUUACACUUUGGUCAUCAAAAAAGAACCGCUUAUUGUAGUAAUUCUGGUGAGUAUAGUCAGUCCCUGCAUGUGUUUUCAUGUGAACACUGACUUUUCAGAGAUUUGUUUCUGCCUAGGGAUACCUCCAGUGGCAGUUACUCAGACGUCCACUAGUGGCUUAUGCAGCACUGAUGUUCCAAGUCUCCACGCUCUGCCUGGAGGCACUGAACAUUCCUCCUAGAGAUGCAUUGAUUCAGUGCAUCUCUAUGAUAAGGUGUUGAGUGGCCAGCGUGCGCGAGCCUAAUGUGCUUGCAGAGUUUGCGCAUGUUGGUAUUUCUAACACUUUAGUAUCCCUUUUAAUAGCCAUCACAGAAAACAAAAUUGCCAGAUAGAAUCACAGUGAGAAGACGCUGGAUGUCCAUAGGAAAGCAUUGAAAAAUGCUCUCCUAUGGGUAGUUUUAAUGCGCGCGCAGCUCUUGCUGCGCAUGUGCAUUCGGCGUUGGCGUCUGCAGAGGGAGGAGAGUUCCCCAGUGCCGAGGGAGCCCGGUGCUGGUUUAUGGUAAGUGGCUGAAGGGGUUUUAACCCCCUUCAGCCCAGUGGGAGUGGGACCCUGAGGGUGCGGGGGACCUAUAAUACCAGGAAAACGAGUUUGUCUUCCUCCCACUAUAGUGGUCCUUUAAUCUGAAACCUAAUUCCCAUCCUAAAAAGAAUCAUAAACCCAUCUUAAAUAUAAACCGAAUACUAAAACUAAUAUUGCUUCUAAGCCUAAUCUUAAUUCCUAAUUUUAAUUCCCAAUCCCAAAGGUUACCUGACCUGAUAUUGACUGUUGGAAUUUCAUUGUUCUUACAACCCAGUCAAGAGCUAUACGGAGUCUCUCCUUUGUCUCAGUAUUUUCCAUAAGCUUGACUCUUCUAGACACUGGGCAGAGCUACUGCUGUCUAGCAGUUCAAUCCCACAGCAGUCACCAGUUACGCCGGCAGAGCAUGGAGAAUCCAGGGAGCUGGGGUGGAUCCUUUCCUUGGGGUCCAGUGGACCUGCUAUGAUCCUGUAUUCUCCAAGCUAUUCUCUGUUGUGCUCUGUUUAGUGAUGCCGGGACAAGAGUGACGUCCUCUCCCAGUGUAGCAUAUCCCCCAUGAUAGGCUGAACACCGAAGGCCCAGUAACACUCGAGUUGCAUAAAUUCAUAUAUGCUAUAAGGUCAAGUUCUAUAUUUUAUUGCAAAUUCUGGUGAAACUAUCUUUAUUUAAUAUAUAUAAUUAUUUUUUAUUUUAUCUAUUUUUAUUUUUUGUAUUUCUACAUUUACUUGCAUGUUAAUAUUUAGCAGUUUUGUUCUUUUCUGUUGAUAUUUUGAUAUGCUACAAUUUGCUAGUGUCAUGGACCCGGCUUGCCGCGAGGUGUGGUCGCACUAGACCGGUGCAGCCCCACUGACGGACUGAGCUUACAUGUUCAGCGGCGAGUCGGGAGCUGCCUGCCCUGAUUAAAGAUGGCGCCGACACUGCGGUCACAGCCAUAAAUAGUUCAGGGUCAUAUGAACAUGCGUGUGACGUUGACACAGACGCACGUUCUUGGCUAAGAGGUCACCCUCUGACCAGUCAGUCAAAGGUAGGAUAUUUAAAUCCCUGAAGUUCCCUGGUUAUUUGCCCUGUCGUGGUUUCCGUUCCUGGUUCCCGAGAGUGCAUUUUCUUGUCCUGUUUUUGAUAUUCCCGGUAUUUUGACCUUGGCUAUUCCUGACUAUUCUGAUUUCUGGUUUCCUUGACUUGGCUUGUUUAACGGUAUUGUAUAUUUCUGGCUUCCUGGACAUCGGCUAUCCCUUAACCAUUCUGUCUUUAACGAAUUAGUCUGACUAUUCUAAGGACAGGUUUACGUUCUAUAAUUUUCUGUUCUGUCUAUGUAGAUGUUACAUAGUUCUGCUUGCUGGACCACACCAGCAGUUGUGACCGCUAGCAAUGCUUUAAAAGAUUACCAAAUGUAACGGUUAUAAUUUUGAGUGUAUCAUAGUCCCUAUGCUUUUCUCUAUUAAAAGAGAACUGGCGCACUGUCAAUUUCUGCACAUGUGCCGUAUUGCUGCUAUGCAUUGUUUUAGUUGGAGAUCAUUAUUCCCAUAAGAAAGCAUUAGGAGGCUAGUGCGCAUGCGCGGCAAAGAGCAGUGCUUGCAGAAUCAGAUGGUCUUGAUUUUGGUGGAAAUAAACAUGGUUGUGCCUGGAGAAUGGGAGUGUUUUCAGCUGCAAGGAUAAAUUGGUGAGGGUGCAUGAAGUGGUCUGAGUGCCUAUAGAGUUAAUUUAAAAUGCUACAUGCAGUCUCCCAAGUAGAUUACUGUAUGAGUAUUUGGUGUGGUGUUUAAUUUAUUUUUCUUCUAUGUUGCAUACAUGCCUUUAUGCACACUUUACAUUGCACACAUAACCAAAGCUAAAAUACAUAUGGCGGCAUAAGCCUAGACAUGUCACUGAUUUUCAGCAGAGUUUAACAUCUUAUUUUUCUAACUUUUUUUUUAUUUCGUUAAAUCUGGUAUUUUAUUUUUCAAAAUUGCAAAUGUUUUCACUCACUACAACUUGCUGUUAAAGGACCACUAUAGGCACCCAGACCACUUCAGCUUAAUUAAGUGGUCUGGGUGCUAGGUCCCUCUACGAUUUAACCCUUUCUGGCUAUGUUUACAAAUGGGUUAAUCCAGCCUUUAGUGGCUGUCUCAUUGACAGCAGCUAGAGGCACUUCCGUGCUUCUCACUGUAACUUUCAGUGAGAAGACGCCAGCGUCCAUAGGAAAGCAUUGAGAAUGCUUUCCUAUGAGACUGCUGGCUGAAUGCGCGCAUUCAACCGAUGAUGGCAGAAGGAGGAGGUUCACCAGCGUCGAGGGAGCCCGGCGCUGGAAAAAAGGGUAAGGGAUUAAUCCCUUCCUCACCCAAAAGCCCAGGGUGAGGGGGACUCAAGGACCCUACAGAGCUAGGAAAACGAGUGUGUUUUCCUGGCACUAUAGUGGUCCUUUAAGUAAGUAGGCUACUUUUUUUUUUUUUUUUUUUUAAUUUAUUUUAUUUGACAUUGAAUGCAAAUAUUUGUUUUAAGAUUGCUUAGCUGAAGUUCGCUUACCGCAAACCUUUUAUUUAUUUAAAAAUUUUUUGUCAUCGUAUUUGGUCCUUUUGUAUGGUUUUAUGUUGCCUGAUAGUCCUGCUUCCCAGUAGAUUGUCCUUGUGGUCUGGUAUGAGAAGUGUAGUACAGUGUGCGGUUAGAUUGCUGGACAAUUUUAUUUUGUUUUGGUAUAUUUAAAGCAACUCUGUGGAUGCAUCCAUUUCUGGCUGUUAAACAAUACAUCCAUCUUCAAAUUUUUAUUUUAUUUUUUUAUAUAUUUUACACGUUGUAUGACUGUACCUGCAUGCAUUAACAAUGGAAUUUUCCCUUUUGUAAGGAAUAUAUAUUAAAAAAUAAAAAAAAUACCAGAUUUUCCCAGAUUAGUUCUGGGAUGGCUUUUCCUUUAUAGCAAUUAAAUUCGUCUCUAGGAGAGCACUAUUCUAUGUGUCUAAGGUGGGUUUCUUAUUCACCUUCUUUUUUGUGGUUUUUUUUUUUGCAACUUUUACCUUAGCUAAAUACUUUUGUCAGGUUUUGCACCAGAGUGAUGAGGCUGAUCUUGGUGGAAGGACCAGCCAUAUUUAAUGAUCUGUUAUUUAGCACAAUGGUAGAGUGAGAAUUAUAUGUGCAUCUGUAUAAAGUAUGUAAAUUGAAACCAUCUCAUCCUACCACCCACCCUUUCUUCUUCCAUUCUUCAUAUCAAAUAGUAAUUAUUAAUUACAUUAUGUCUUUCAGCAUUUAAUUAUAUUUCAUGUAGGCAUUUGGGAUUAACAAAUAUAUUUCCAGAGCCCACUCUGAUACAGAUUUUCUGUCGCCUUUUGGCCUGAUUGCCUAUAUUCUGUACUUUUUAAAGUUUUAAAAAGUGCAACACAAUUUUACAAAAUAUGCCUUUAGUUGAGUUCCUUAUAUGGGGACACACAGGGAGGGGUGAUGUGAGGGAGCAACAUGACAUUUAAUUGGCUGACAGCUGGAGUUUCUGGAUGUUGAAAAGGCUGCGUGCAGUAAAUUGGGAAGGUGAAUAAAUUAUCGGUACAUUUACAAUGCUUUCCUAUGGACGCUGGCAUCUUCUCACUGUGAUUUUCACAGUGAGAAGCACGCAAGCACCUCUAGCGGCUGUCAAUGAGACAGCCACUAGAGGAUUUGGAGGCUGGAUUAACCCAUUUAUAAACAUAGCAGUUUCUCUGAAACUGCUAUGUUUGUAUAAAAAAAGGGGUUAAUCCUAGAGGGACCUGGCACCCAGACCACUUCAUUAAGCUGAAGUGGUCUGGGUGCCUAGAGUGGUCCUUUAACAAAGGGUAAACGUAUUUGGUCCCUUCCUAAAAUAUCUUUAAGUAAAAAAGGCAGCAUAUGUUUGUUAGACAUUUUUCCUGCCUCUCUGUAUCAAGUGUAAUAGCGAUUAAACGCGCUUACAAUUUCAAUUCAAAAUAGAUGUUAGCAGUUUUAGCACUAUAUGGGUACUCCUAUUAUUCCCCAAAAAUUGAACAGUGAACAACACAGUGAUUUUUCAGGGUUUAGGUGUUAUCCCUCUCCAUUACAUGGAAAACAACUGUGUAAAGUGCAGCGCUAAUGGAAAAGAUGUAUGUAGACAAGCAUAGACAAGUCAAAGCUUACCCAUAGGUUAAUACAGCAUGGGUAGUUGCGUAUACAUAAAAGGGGACAGAAAAAAAUAUAUAAUAGUGAAAUAUUGUUUGGGUGAAUAUCACAGAAAAAUGAUUAUCGGAAAUGCUCACUACUCAUAAAGAGUAGGCUGCACUAAGGCAUGAGAGCAAUAUUUAAGUGUAGAGUUUCCAAAGUCUCCCUUUCCAUCAUCUGCCAAUACUGUUGAAUUUGUGGGCAUGUUCACCAUUUAUGGUACAUCGUACCCUUUUCCUGGAUGCAAUAACAGCAUGUAUUUGACACCCUCGGGUAGAUGUUGGCGAACUGUGCUGGCACCAUGUACUCCCUGUAUUGGUUCUUACACAUGAGUUCCAAGUGUGACGUACAUUUAGAUCUACCUUUGUGUGCCAUAAAGACGUGUUUUCAUUGUUCCUCCGUGAAGGUUUUGCAUAUGUUUGCCUGCCAACGCAAGGCGUAUUUGUCUAGUGAAUGUGUCGUGGGGUUGUUAAGUAUGGUAUAGAUAUAUGAGAGUAGUUUUUUGGGUAUAACUGAUGACUAUCUUCUCAAGAUACACUGUCUUCUGUAGGGGAAGGGGGGUAAGUUCUGUCGAGCGAACUAGCAGGGAUUUCAGCUGCAGGUAGGAGAACAGCAUAUUGGACGAUAGAUUAUAUUGAAGUUGGAGAUCAGGAAACUGCAUUUAUACAUUGUGGUUGUAUAGGUGACGUAUGUGUGCAUCCUCCUCUCAGUCACAGGCGGUAAUCAAAUGUGUGAGAUAAGAUAGGGGUAGCCAGCGCCCAAUCUCUAGGGUAGCUCAGGACAGAUUUGAACAUGUCACAUGUUUUGAGUGAAAGUGAUGUAGUGCUUGGCAUGUUGGAGGUCUGAAGUCUUAGUUUGUAUGAGAUCCAGUACAGGUGUUUAAUGCCUCUGGAGCAAGAACUUGUAGACUCCAUCUCCACCCACUGAGGAUGGCUGCUCUGUAAUAUAAUCUUAUAUUUGGCAUGCCUAGGCCUCAGUUUUCUAGGGAUCUGUUUUGCAUUUUCGUGACCACGCGCACUCUGCGGUUGGAGUUUUAUUUUUAAUAUUUUAUUUAUACAUAGAUUUGCGUUGUGUGUAUAAAUAUAGGGUCUCAGAAGAAAGACCUUAAAAUGAUGUAUGGUAUGUAUGAUGUGAUAUUAAAAUUAAAUCAGUCAACCAUACACGUAAUCUCGGAAAUUUUUUAUUUAAUAAAGAUAUGUAAAUAUGCAACUUUUUUUUUUUUGUCUUUAACUGCAAACAAAUUUUUCUGCCACUAUCAGACUUUAUGUUUUUCCUUUUUGUUUAGUUUUAUGUAUAAAAGAUAUUCAUUAAAUUGCAACUGUGCAUUCUUUCAAACAAAAAAAUAAAUAAAAAAAUAUUAUCGGUAAUAUCGGUAAAUUUAAAGGCAGAUUUAAACCGUUAUACAGCAUAUCUGCUCUAAUAAUUGGCAGAGCCAAUAAUCUGUCUAACCUCAGUAGGCAUGCUUUCACUUUAUUGGGGACUUAUGGCAUUGUUCUGUGACUACUAAAUGUACAUCAAGGCUCAAAAUGUCCACUUGCCCACUGUUUAUUUGAAGAAAUGAACUCCUGGUCUGUGUGCCACGAAUCCUCGGAGUGUGGCGAGUAACUGGUAUGCCUUGUCUAGUAGUGUAGGACUUUACAUUUAGAGCCUUAUGUACAUAAGAGUGCUGUAUGUGUGGUGGUAAGAUUUGGUUGGCUAGUUAUGGGUGCUAUUUAGGCCUAUCUUUGUUGAUUUAUGAUUGGUGAUAAAUGGCAACCACGAUAGAUGUAGUGACUAUGUGCUGUAUGACAUGCGUGCUACUUGAAUCACACUUAAAGCACCAUUUCAGUAAGUGCGUGCAGUCCUGGUGACUUGAAGCGUGAGUCAGACUCCUGUGGUCAGACUAACUAUGUCAAACCAUGAACAUUUAACUUUUACUUUCUUUAAUUGAAACUAUCCCUUCCACCCCCCUAAAUCAUAGCAGAUAGAUAUUGAUGUUUUAACGGGAUAUGAAUGCGUGACUGUUUUUAUUGUGCUAAUACAUUUCUGAUGUAAAAAUAAGGCUGCAAUUAAUGUCUGGAAGGUCUGAUCAGCUUUGUGUAUAGAAGAACUGACUCUUUUCGGUUCCAUGAUUUACUUUUACUAAGAAUAGGGUAUUGAAUUUUUUAUUUUUUUUAGGCAAGCAUAAAACACACUUGCCUUGGCAGUACUUCUAAUGCUCCUAAGUUGUGCUGGCAAGUGCUCGUAUCAAUUCCUUUUGCCUCCCUUGCUAAACUAAUCACCUCUUGUGGCUUCCAAUAUCACUUCUAUGUAGAUGACACAUUAAUCUGUCUUUUCCUGAUCUCCUUUGAUUAGUGUUUCAGACUGCCUCCCUGUUAGUUCUAACUGGAUGGUUGCUCGCUUCGUCCAAAACAGAACUUCUUUCCUCUCCCAGAUAUUGCUACUCCUGUGUCUGUCUCCCUUCAAGUUAAAGAAAAAAUACUAUCCGCUCUACUUCACAGGCUCGCUGCAGGUUUCCUCUUUUGACUCCAAACUCUACUUCACUCCUCAUGUCUAGCCAACUGCCAAAUCCUGCUGCUUCUAUCUCAAAAACAUAGCUCUCAUCCACCCCUACCCCAGAUUCGGCUAAGAUGCUAGUCAAUUCUGCCAUCUUCUCCUGUCUUCACUUUGCCAAUCUGCUUCUCACUGGUUUUGAGCAUUACCAGUUUGCCCUGCUACUGUCUAAUGAAUGCUACACCAAGAUCAUCUUUGUCAUCCUACAUCUCUCUCCCUCUCUGUCUUUACAUUGGCUUUCUAUAAAAGAUUGGGCUCAAUUUAAAAUUCCGGUGCUUGCUUAGAAAUCUCUACAUAACACUGCUCCUACCUAUCCUCGCAAAUACACAAGUAUGUCUGGUCCAUGCCCCUGCACUCUGCCAAAGAACUGCAUUUAUCCUCUCUCUGUAUUAAACUCUGACUGCCACCUUCAAGAUUUCUCUAGGGCACACUGAUCAUAUAGAACACAUUUUCCUGCUCUGCUACACUCUCACCCAGUCUCCAAUCAAAACAUUGCUUAAUUUCCAAUCAGAUGUUAACUUCCUUUAGAAGUUCUAUCUCCCGCUCUGUAAAUUUAACUUUUAUAACAUACUGGAGGCUCCUGUAAGGCUUAGUAUGCCAUUAAAGGGACACUAUAGUCAUCAAAACAACUUUAGCUUAAUGAAGCUGUUUUGGUGUAUAGAAUAUGUCCCUGCAGCUUCACUGCUCAAUUUUCUGCCAUUUAGGAGUUAAAUCACUUUGUUUAUGAACCCUAGUCACACCUCCCUGCACAGCCUUCCUAAACACUUCCUGUAAAGAGUCAUCUAAUGUUUACACUUUAUUGCAAGUUCUGUUUAAUUUAGAUUUUUUUUUAAUUUUUAUCCCCUGCUAUGUUAAUAGCUUGCUAGACCUGCAUGAAAACAAAAUGGUUUAAUUUUCAAUCAGAUGUAACUUGCUUUGAAAGUUUUUAUCUCCUGCUCUGUAAUUUGAACUUGAAUUACAUACAAUAUGCUCCUGCACGAUCUAGCAAGCUGUGCAGGAUAUGACUUUAGAUGAUUCUUUACAGGAAGUGUUUAGGAAGGCUGUGUAAGUAACAUGCAGGGAGGUAUGCCUAAGGCUGCAUAAACAAAGUGAUUUAUCUCCUAAAUGGCAGAGAAUAGAGCAGUGAGACUGCACGGGCAUGAUCUACACACCAAAACUGCUUCAUUAGGCUAAAGUUGUUUUGGUGACUAUAGUGUCCCUUUAACCUGCAUUGCGUCCUUUCCUUGUCUUGACAUCCAGGAGAAAAAAAUUAUUAACUAUUCUAGUUUUUUUCCAUGCAUGUGGGGGAAAAAAAAACCUUGUUCUCUUUACUUUACCCAACUCCUCCUAGAAUGUAAGCUUGUUUGAGCAAGGCCCACAACAUCAGUUGCAAUUUGUAUGCCUAGGCUGGAAAGGAUGCAGAUGGGGGGGGGGGAAUUUUUGUUUUUUGUUGUGUAUGUAUAUUUCUCAAGUGGCUAUUUAAAAAAAAAUAAAAAAAAAUUGUUUUUCUUUAUUUUUAAUAAAAAAAAAUUUUUCCCGCAUAAUUGCAUGGUGUACAAAUUAAAACAGUGUUUUGUUGGUGUAUGGUCUAUAGAUAAACUCAUACUGCUGCCUGACUUUGAAGGCACCCUAUUAACAUUUGAGAUAAUGGUAGGAAAAAACUAGUGUGUGCUGAUGGACAAGCUGGAACACAUCAGCAUGGGCAGCUGCAGCAACACAAGCUGCUUUGCCCCCGCAAAGCCUGAAUGAAUACAGAGCAACGUGACUGUGCUGACAAACACCAUAACAGCAAUCAUUGCACUGCCAUCUGUUUUGUUGACACAAUCUGUGUUCAUUACUCUAGUUUCAUAUCCUUUUGGGAAACCAAUUAAGCUAGAGGUGAAGGUAGGCUGUUGACCUGAAAACAUUUAUCUUUAAAGGGACACUCCAGGCAUCCAGACCACUUCUGCCCUUCUCCCACCACCCUUAACAAUGCAAGUGUAAUUAUUGCUGUUUUUAUAAACUGCAAUAAUUACUUUGCCAGGUUAAGUCCUCCUCUAGUGGCUGUCUAUCAGACAGCCACUAGACGGACUUCCGUGUUCACGAAAAGUGUUUUUAAAUGACGCUGGACGUCCCCACGCAAUGCAUGAGUACCUCCAGCGUCACCAGAAUCCCCAAAGGAAAGCAUUAAAUAAUGCUUUCCUAUAGGGAGCUCUAAUGUGCACGUGAGGCCAUUGCUGCGUAUGCACAUUAGGUCUCCCCCGCCGGCUGAUGUUGGCAGGGGAGGAGCAUGGGCGGAGCCUGACCCAGUGCAGAGGGAAAUCAGCGCUAGAUUCAUGUAAGUCACUGAAUGGGUUUUAACUAAUUUCAGCAACAUGGGAUGGGGGGUGGGAGGGAAGGGGGAACUGGAGAAUCCCUUUAAGGAAUGCUUAUUUUUCUUUUUUUGGUCUAUCAUUAACCAGGUAAAAUUACCUAAGUAGAUUUUUUUUGUAAACGUAUAUCACAUCUUGUAUACUUUGUGUAACAUACUUCACAUUGUCCUAUUUAAAUGGAACGAUUAGUCUGAGAUUCACCCCCAUAUUAAUGCAUGAAAAAAAAUGCAAAAGUAAAAUACGUAUCUUUUUAAAUUUCUUAGAGCUGCUGCACUUGCACAGCUAAGUGCCAGCAGGUGGAUGACUCCGUCUCGGCUAGAAUUAAAUUCACCGCUCAUUCUGGCUUGAAGAGUUUGCUGUAUUUUCCUGCUAACAUUGUAUAGGGUUCUAGGUCAGACUGUAUGGUUCUAAUUCAGAUUUGGUGUCUAAGUACAUAGUCCCUCACCAACUAUUUUUAAGUUUAUAUUUAUAUAGAACUACAUGUGUGGAUGAGUGUACAUAUUAAACCUGUAUGUAACUGAUUUACCUCCACUAUCAUUGUUACUCAGUAACAUAGGGGUAAAGACUGAAAAACUAGCUUCGUGUUGCAUGUAAACAGCCAAUAUCAGGAAUCGUUUGCAGUGAUUUUUGCUUCAAAAUAAAUUGGCAAACCAUUCUAAUUCCUGUGCAAAGAUUUUUGCUGAAUUGAGACAAGGAACCUUCUGUAACGGUUGAUUUCAUCAUCUGUCAGGUAAUGGUGAAAUACAAGAGUGUUUGGCAGCCUUCCCUGCAGGAGGUGUGUCCACAUUAAUUAAAGCGGUCAAAGCUGGUAUGGAAGCUGAUAACACAGAACAACACCCAAUGGGGAGAUCUUGUUUCUGAGAACUCAGUUCAGGCAAAGGAGCCUUCUGGUAUACCCGGUUUUCGAAGCAUCAACUGCUCGGUUGUUCUAAAUUAAAACCAUAACAUUCCACUCAAAAGUUCUUUCAAACAGAUUCUAUUUCAUAUCUCCAGUUCAGAAGAAAUUCCUUUUGUAUGUUUUAUAAACAGGUGCAGCUAUGGGCAGGGAGUUGGCUACCAUUGGGAAAACAAUUUUUAAUUGUACUUAUUUUGAUAACUCUAUAUUUUAUGUAGAAUUGCUUGUUUUAAAUUUAUUUUUUUGAAGUUGAAACCUUGCAUGUCCCUCUACUGCAAACACAUCAUUGUAUUCUGAUACUGUUCUGGAGUACAAUGAUACCCCACAUGUAUGCCUUUUACCCUAAUCCCACCUCUCAAGGGAUGCCCUUUGCCUACACUGUAAUUGCAGCCUGAGAGGGAGAGCUCACCAUCAUGUUUCAGCACACGGAGAUCCGCCCUGGGGAGCUGUGGAAUAUAAAAGACAAAAGUGCAAAAAUAUUAGUAUGUGCUGCAUCAAAAGUGCACGUUCCAAAAAAGUGGUGGUUCUAAAUACCUAUAACCUUAUCCUAAAUCUCAUUCAUCGUAACGAUAACAUUUUAGAAGUAUGAAUAAAUUAUCUUUGGUAGGAGACUUAUGAGAGAGACUACUGUUACAUUUCACAGACCAGAAUGAGAAACAUCUGGUCAAGCUAUUUCUUGAUCAGGGCAGAGGUCAGGGCUGAAGAUAUAAAAAAUGCUGAAACUUAUACAGGAUUAUUCACCGAAGUGGGAAUUCAAAGGGAAUUUCAUAUUUAAAGGCACCCAGACCACUUCAGCCCAUUGCCAACUCCCAUCACCCUUAACACUGCAAGUGUAAUUUAUUGCAGUUUUAAUAAACUGCAAUAAUUACUUUGCAGGGUUAAGUCCCCCUCUAGUGGCUGUCUCAGACAACCACUAGAGGGACUAACUGGUUCUUAGACGACUGUCGGUCGUCUAAACGAUGCUGGAUGUCUUCACUCUAUGCAUGAGGACUUCCAGCAUCACCGGAAUCUCCAUAGGAAAGCAUUGCCGCACAUGCACAUUAGGCUCCCUUGCAGGGGUGGAGCAUGGGCACAGCCUGACCCAGUCCUGAGGGACAUCGGGGCUGGUUUCAGGUAAGUGACUGAAGGGGUUUUAACCCCUUCAGCGAUGUGGAGCGGGAUGGAGGGAGGCACUCCAGGAUUCUAAAGUGCCAGGAAAACUGGUUUGUUUUCUUGGCACUAUAGAAUCCCAUUAAAGGACCACUAUAGUGCCAGGGAAACAUACUUGUUUUCCUGGCACUAUAGUGCCCUGAGGGUGCCCCAACCCUCAGGUUCCCCCUCCCACCAGUUUCUCUGAAACUGCUAUGUAUAUAAAAAAAAAGGGAGGGGGGGGGGGGGGUUAACCCUAGCUGGACCAGGCACCCAGACCACUUCAUUAAGCUGAAGUGGUCUGGGUCCCUAUAGUGGUCCUUUAAGGUCAAAUUAAGUCUAAGUAAGCUAAGCUUUCAGCUGCUCUGGCCCUAAUUGUGAACUUCUUUAUGAAUUCUCUUUAGAAUUUCCAGUUUGAGUAAUUUUGAUAUUGCCUCCUAAAAAUUAACAAAUAAGGCCUAUAUUUUUUUUUUUCUUCUCUUCUUUCAAUCGUCCUUCUGCUGGACGACUGUGUCGGAGCACAUGGGCCUCCGUUAGCCGGCAACCAUAUGCAGCAAGAAACUCACAGAAGUCCACUGAUAUUCAGAACUCUGACACUCGUAUCGGGACUCUGCUUCAACUUCACAAAAGACUUGGACCACCAGACUCUGCAGCCAUGGAGCCCAGCUUGUCCUUUCUUGUGAAGGGAGUUUCUGACUCAUUACCAACUCCCACCACCCUGGUGGAGAGCUGGGUGCCCUAAUUGCGGAGUUGGAUAUGCGGAAUCUACCAUCAGACAUUGUCGUUAUUUUAAGCUGACAUUGCUAUGGUUAAAGUGGAGGUGCAGCUGUCACAGGCAGAGUUAAAGUAACAGAGGCAUAUGUUCUGUUGCUGCAUUUGAGACUUGAUUACAAUCCAAUAUUAAUUUGCUCCACUUUAAUCCCAGCACAAGGAGAUGGCCCCAACAUUACCCUUUUGACAUAAUGUUAAGGUUGGAGGGAUCUUUGGUGCAAGAGGACUUCACAACCCAAUGCGCAACAAACUGUGAUGCACUAUAUGUUCGGACACUUUUCUAUCAUUGCCAGCAUUCUAGAAUUUGUUAUUUUUUUUUAUUUUUUAUUUUUAUUUUUUUAGAGCUACAGUAGCUAGUCUGUGUGAUCAGAUCUCACUUUUUUCUCUCUACGUUUAACGUUUAAUAUUAAACUGUUGAAUGGUCUUACCAGAAACUGAAUCAGAUACUCCAGACACAAUAACAAUUGGAUUGAGUACCAUACCUAAUAGAAAUAAAAAUAUUCAAAGAAAAAUGAACUUAUCAUGAACAAUAAGUCAACAGAGGUUAGAGGGUACUUUCACUGGUUUAAAUGUAAGAUACCGGCUGCGGUUACUUCACUGUGCACUGGGAUAUCUCUCUCCUCCCUGUCUCUCGUGCUCUGGUGUGCAGCCGUCCUACUGUCCGCAUGUGAAAACACAAUCUCCCUCUCCUUCUCCCCUCACGGUUUAGUUGAUCUACCCCUACACUUUAGUUGCUGCAAGGUGAUUUCUGCUGCAGUCAGAUUGUUUACCUUUAGAUUGGCUAGUUUGUUGCAAUACACAUAUUGAGCUGUUUAUUUAUUUAUUUUUUUAAAUCUUCCAGCAUUGGUUUUAGUAGGUCAGCUUUAGUCAGUUUGGGUAUGUUCUAUUGAAAUUUUAUUUUAUUCUUUUUAAUUAAAAAAAAAAAAAAAAUUUCGUCUUACGCCAGCACAUACCAUAUUCUCUGUUUUGAUAUUCUGACCAAAAUCGCACUGACCUGGUGUGUAGCAGCCCAUGUUUAUGAUCAGUUUUUUUUUUUUUUUGUGUGUGUUUAUUCUGCUUUAACAGGUGGAAGUAGCUCAGUUGGUAAACUGCAAGGUCACGGGUUCAAAUCCCAGCAGGGUCAACUCAGCACUUCAUCCUUCCGAGGUUGAUAAAAUGAGUACCAUCAAUUGGGUGAUGAUAACUAUUACUAUUCAGCUGCCGACUUGGUUAAUUCCGAGAGCAUGCACUGAAAAGCGCUUUGAGUCCCACUGGGAGAAAGGCGCUAUAUAAAUACUAGUUAUUAUAUUAACAGUAUGUACCUUAUACUAAUGUAAUGAGAUGAAUUGCUGUUUGUUAGAUAAAUACUAUCUCUAACGCCUGUUGACAAUAUUGUACUGGUGCUGGCUUUAAUUUUGAUUUUAUUUUUUCAGAUUUUUAUGUAGCUAUUUACUAAACUAUAGUUUUUGUUUUUUUCGAAAUUUGUUUAUAUUUGUUCUUAGAUUGUUUUACCAUUUUCAUUUCACAGUGGAAAGAUCAAAUUCACAACACCUAAGAGCAUCCCAUACAAUAAGACGAACUUCUUCCUUGGAUACCAUAACUGGACAAUAUCUGACUGGACACUGGCCCCGAGAUCCCCACGUGCUCUACACUUGUAUGAAUGAUAAAUCUACCCAGGUACUAUUUAUUUUUAAUAAAAACUCACUUGCUGUAUGUGCCAUUUCAAAGAUUGACAUGCAUCGUAACUCUAUAUGGCGUAUCCCUCCAUUUUCCCAGUGCCGUUGAAACCAUUCAGAUACCACCAGGUAUGUUUUAACAAUAAUAUAUUUGCUGAUUUAGUACUAGUGAUUUCUCAUUAUAGGGAGUGAGCUCUGCCUUUGGUAAGGGUGUUUGUUAUAUCUAUGGUCUUACAGUUUUACAAUGGUUUGCGAUCUCGCCAGGGUCACUGAUGGCGUGCAUCUAGCUUCUACAGAGCUGCUGAAGGCAUAUCCUGCCGUUCAUAUAUUGUCUGAGAACAUAAGCUGAUUGCUCACAGCCAAUGAAUAAGCAUCCUUACAUUGACUUGUAUAGGCUGGCUAAUAUUGUGUUAAUCGAUUUUAAAAUAAACAUUUGCUUUUGGAAAGCAUUUGUCGUUUUUUUUUUUUUUCUCUAUUUUUGUUGUGCACGAAAGAGCAUACGCAUGUUUACAAUGCCAUAAUAGCAUUCACAGGCAGUUUGGAAACCAUUAUUAGUUAGCAGUUACACAGCAUUCUGAGUAUCGCACAAUUUUUGGGGUUUAUAAAACAAGCUAAAUACAAGCUGGAUAGUUACAGGCUUAGAGCAUUAAGACAUGCAGUGUUUCUUAGUAUAAGGGAAAGCAUUUGUACUUUACAUCAUUUUGUCAUACAUGCCUAUAACUUCUUCACGGUAGCGUUUGUGUGAUAUAUUUAUAGCUGUAUUUUGUGCACAUGCACAAAGUCCUAAAGCAAAAUCCCUACACACAAUUUAUGCGCAAUAUGUACAACCCACCCACAUAUACACACCAAGUUUAGUGUGCCAAGGUUGGUUUACUUGGUGCAGCUAAUGCUUAAAAAAAAAUAUAUAAAUAAAUAAAGGAGGGGAGGGGGGGGGAGAGAGAGAAGUACAAUCCACUAAUUUGUGGCCAGGUAACUUUGUUUAAAAAAAAAAAAAAAAUUUGCAUGUUUUUUCCCUCCUUUAUUUAAAGUGCCAGCUGUAUGCCUGGCACUAUAGCUCCCUUCCCUGACCCAGCAGUGAAUAGCGUUAAAAUCAAUCUCUCCCUCGGCAAAAUGCAUGCACAAAAAUGACAAAGGACUAAUAUUUCAGUGACAAUUUAAACAACCUAUCAAACACGUCUGGAAAACCAUAAAUAGCAUACAAACCCCCUCAAUCCACUCCCAACCAUCCACUGUCAAAAUGGACAACCAAACACUGCAACACCCCUAGAUGUAGCAAAUACCUUUUAAAUAAUUAUUUUGUUGGAUGUGCUACCACCCUGGUUGCUAAGAUAACAAAUUACACAUUUUCAGACUGCAAAUAAAGAUCAGGCCCUGCCCAAUCUUCAAAAUCCUCAUAAGGAGAAAUUCAAUUUUAGACCUGUGCCUGUUAGUGUCGUUAAAAAGCAUCUUUAAAAAUUAAAAACCAGUGUGGACCUGAUCUAAUCCCAGCAAUGUUGCUGAAGCUCGGUGCGUCAGCAAUUGCUAAACCUGUCACUACCCUAAUCAAUGAAUCUCUGGUGUCAGGAUACAUACCCAAACUUUGGAAGACUGCAAUAGUUGUAACUAUCCAUAAAAGUGGUGACAAUACUUUGGUAUCUUACCAUCGCCCGAUAUCAUUGCCCCCUGUAUUGUAAAAAAUCUUGGAAAAAUGCAUUCACGCGCAACUAUGUUAAUAUUAUCUGACCCAUGAUCAAUCAGGCUUUUGUCCAAAUCACUCAACUUGGACUGCCCUCUUAGGUUUUCAAUGACAUUCAAAUUGGCAUUGAACAAGGAGACUUAACUGGAGGUAUUUUCCUUGAUUUUGCCAAGGAUGUUUACACAGACCAUGGCAUUCUUUUGCAAAAACUUACACUUAGGCGUUGGUGGUCAUCCGCUAACCUGGUUUCAAUCGUAUGUUUCAGACCAAUUGCAAAUAUGUGGCCAUUUCUGAUAGCGCUUCCCUCCCUCUUCCAGUCACGUGUGGUGUUCCCCAAGGCUCCAUACUCUGCCCCCUGCUUUUCAAAUGAUUUAUAAAUGAUCUGCCUAACAUCUGCAAAUCCUCAACUGUACACAUGUAUGCAGACUACACUGUAAUCUACGCUAGUAAACCCAAGCUACUGCAGCUUGAGGCUGUGCUCCAAAACCAAUUCGUAGAGGUAGAAAAGUGGAUAGCUGAUAACUCUCUUCCUAAACACUGACAAAACCGUUACAAUAAUCUUUGGAACUUUACCUAAAUUACAUAAACUACAAAAUCAACAAUUGUGUAUCAGGACAAAUUCAAAUAGCACACUGACAGCAGUCUGCUCUUUUAAAUAUCUAGGUAUGCUGGUCAUUGAUUAUGGGGAUGUAGUGUAUGCACCCGCACCGCAAACUCACCUUAAUAAACUUAAUACGUUAUUUAAUUCAUUCAGCCGCUUUGUACUAGAAUGUAAUUACUUUACCCACAACUGUGACAUGUUAAAAGAGCUAAACUGGCUGACGCUGGAAUCCCGACGCACUCUUAAUCUUUCCAGCCUUGUGCAUAAGAGCAUUUCUUGGAAGCUCCCACCCUGCCUGAGUAGAAUGCUCUCCCCGGCUGUUCCCACCUCCUAUAACCUCAGAUUCAGUACUAGCACGAUAUUUAGCAUACUGUAAUACAAAAAUAAAGUGGUUCGAACUAUGGUAAUAUACCUCAGCACAGAAUGCACCUGUCAUGGUUGAAUAUAUUUUUUUACCCUAAUCACACCUCUCUGCAUGUGACACAGCCUUCCUAAACACUUCCUGCAAAGGGUCAUUUAAUGUUUACACUUCCUUUGUUUCAAAUUAUGUUGUGUUAAUUUCUUCUUAGACCCUACAGGGCCCUUCUGUAUAUAAUUAAAGUUCAAUUUACAGAACAGAAGAAAAAAUAUUUUAAAGUAACAUCUGAUUGAAAAUUAAACAUUUUAGUUUUCAUGAAGGCUCUGAGUCACCGCCAUGGAGAUGUUGCUAGGGCUGCAUAAACGGAAAAAUUUUAUUUAAUGCCUAAAUGGCAGAGCGACUUCAGAGGGAUUAUCGAUACUCAAACUGCAUCAUUAAGCUUGCGUUGUUUUGAUCCCUUUAAAAUGAAAGUUGGCUUUUCUGAAGAUGAGCUUGAAUUGCAGAUAAAGAUCCAUUCACAAAUGAAUGGUUUAACAGAGGAAAUUUGUGAUAGAUUUUAUUUUUUUAUUUUUAGAUAAGCUAAAAUGACAUUUUAACGGUCAGUAGACUGCAAAGUGAAUUUAAACACUUGGCUACACAUAGCUUGAGACCUGCGUGUCUCUUCACACUCUACACGAUUUUGGAACCUGCAAGUGGCACAUUGUAGUCUAUGAAAACCAUACGAUAAAAAUAUAUUUACACAAUCUGAACACGGAAGACCUUGUUCUUGUCCCAUUCUCUAGUAAAACACUCGGGAGCUUAAAGGGACACUAUAGUCGCCCACACCACUUCAUCACAAUGAAUUGGAGAGGUCCUGUUUUUAACCCCAGCAAUGUAAAACCGUUAUAUUUAAAAAAAAAAAAAAAAAAAAAUAUUUUAACUGCAUGGUUUAACCCCUUAACGCUGUUCUAUGCUGUCCCCAUUUUAAUGGGCUUUAAAGCCGUUACGGCAGCAUAGAACGCCUUAAUGGCUUUGAGCCCCUGCGACCUCCUACUAACCUCCUCUGCGAUCCUCUUCUGGGGGUCUGCCUGACAGCCCAGGCCGUCCCUACUCUGCAACUUAAGCCCCUGGGGGCCAUGUGAUCGCUCUUUCAGCUGCCUGUAGGGGGACUGCCUCACUGACAGGCAGUCCCCCUGCUGGUCAGGAAAUAUAAAACAAAUGUUAAUACAACAAUCAGAGUAAAAAAAUAAAUGAAAUACACUUAUGGAAUAUAUAUAAUUUUAAUUUCAAAAUACACGUAUUAUGGAGAUAUAAUAUAGUGUGUGUGUGUGUGUUUUUUAAUAAAAUUAUAAAUACGUUAAAAAUAAAGUUAAAAAGUGUGUGUGUGUGUGUGUAUAUACACUUUUUAAAAACUUUUUUUUUAUUUGUAACGUAUUUUAAUUUUAUUAAAAUAUAGUGUGUGUGUGUGUGUGUGUGUGUGUGUAUAUAUAUAUAUAAUGUGUAUAGAAUUUCAUUCUAACAGUGUUUUCAUAUAUAGUUAUAAAAAUACACUUAGAAUUAAAUUUUAUAUAUAGAUGUAAUUACAUAAAUAUAAAUUCUAUGUGUAUAUUUAUGUACUCUUAAAAUAAUUAAGUCAUUUUAUUAUAAUUUUGAGGGACCAGGCAGCAAGUCCAGAGAAUUUAAUUUGUCCUAUGUUUAUACUUGUAACUUUCCAUAAAACCUGGAAAUGGGGAAUUCUUCGACUUGGGAGAACACAAAUCUGUUAUAAAACGGUAAAACUUAUCACGACGAUGAUAUCACAAGUAAAAGUGCUGUAUUUGUGUAAAUUAAAUAAAUUCAAAAACCAAAUAUGAACUCUAACUUUGGAUAGCAUUUGUGACUAAGUGGUUACUAAAAACCACUGAGCAUACUCCAUUGUGAAUACCCUGGGUUGUCUACCUUUUCAAUUGGUAUGCCAUGGUGGGGUUAAUUUUCAUUUCUGGACUGCCAUACCGUCUCAAAGGCAGCAUGGCCAAUCUAGCAAAUUUUAAUUGGCAAAUCUUAUAUUGGAACCUGUACAUGAGGGGUACUGUUGUACUCGUGAAACCUUACUCUACACGAAUGUAUUAGAGCAAUAAAAUGUAUAAUACUGAUCAUCAGUGAAAGGGCAGUUUAUUUGUGAAAACUGCAAAAAAACAAAACCAAUAUAAACGCUAAAUUUGGCCAGGGUAUGUGACUGGCUACUAAAAAAGAUUGGACCCCAUUUUGGAAACCCUGGCUUGUCUACUUUUACAUAUGGUAAACCUGGAUGUGGUUAAUUUUCAUUCCUGGGUUAUCAUUCGGUCUCAAAGGCAACAUAGGCCCAGCAAACCAAUCUGGCAAAUUUCAAUAGAAAUGUGGAAAGCCCUAUAUUUGACCCCUGUAAGUUUCCAAAAACUCAUAAAACCUGUACAUUGGGGGUUACUGUGGUACUCGUGAGACAUUGCUGAAUACAAAUAUGUGUAUUUUAUUGCAGUAAAAGCAAACCGUAUUCUGACAUUUGCAGUUAAAAUGUUAAGCAGAACUUGAAAAAUAAAAUUUUCUUAAUUUCUCAUACUUUUUUAGAUUUUAUUAACAUUCAGUUAUGUUUCAUAUAUAAAUAUUUGAUAUGAAAUGAAAGCCCUGUUUCUCCUGAACAAAAUGAUAUAUAAUAAGUGUGGGUGCACUUAAUAUGAAAGAGGGGAAUUACCGUUGAACAGACAUGUAGCGCAAAUGCCAGGUUUUGUUUACGUUUUGAUUUUGAUCACAAUGUGUACAAUUGGCUCUGUCCUUCAGGGGUUAAAUUGCAGGGUUAAACCCACCUCUAGUGACUUACUGAUAUUAAAGCUGUCACAUGAUACAGAAGCACAUAGGAAAACAUUUAAUACAAUGCUUUCCUAUGGGGAAGCUUAAAUGUGCAGCGCUUGCUAAGAGAAGGACAAACAAAUGCGGAGGAAGCCAUCCCUCCUGCGUGACUUCAUCAGACUCGGUGAGGUGAACAGCAGAGAGGUUGCGGGAAAAAGGUAAACUUUUAUUUCACUGUUUAUGGCACGGGGCUUGUGAUUGUAGCAAAAAUCGGAAUAAUAAUUAUUUUUAUUUUUUUUCUAAUUGCUGGGGAACAGAAGCAAACCAAGCGAACACGACGACAGCAUUUCCUCCUAGAGUUCUGUUGAGACCAACAGUCUCAAUUCCUAUUCUAUACAAAAUUGUUAAUAAAGGAUUAAAGCAAAACACAUAUAUUUAUGUGAAAGGUUUUCCACUUACUACCUUUUUCAGAAUUGGACAAAUUUCUGUACUCUUAAAGUACUUGCUAUGGUACACACCUCAUUCCUUUAAAAGGCAGAAAAAGUAAGUAAUACUCCCUAUUCACUAAUCCGCUCUCACCCAAGAGGGCUAUGGCAAAACUUGAAUGACUGAGAAAAGCAUAAGAACCUUCUAAGUAGUUCUUGUGUCUUCUGUUACAGUGAAGAGUGACUGGACACUCUGAACUACCAUUCAGUUUGACGGGAGCUGUGCUGGGCAUUAAAGCCAGCAUGUUGGCAUCAUGGAGAAAGUGUGCCCUGCUUGACAAAGCUUUCCAAAUCAAAUACCCGGAGUUUCCCUUUAAUUGUGAACAUAUUGCUGGGAACAACUGUAAUAUUUACUUGUAAGCACAGGUCUUUAAAUCACGUUACUCUUGUUAAGAGUUGUUAAUGCGACUAUCCGGUUGCUGUUAUUUUUUCCUAGAAUGUUAAUUUAAGAUCCUUUGAGAGAGGGCUUGGUUACAUAGUGUGAUGGAAAGUAUUUUUCAUCAAGUUGUUUUCAGAUGCAUUGCUUAACAGUUGUAAUUGGCAAAGCCAACACGCGGCAUAGUUACUCAACAGCUAACUGUGCCAGUGGACACCACAUAAGUAAUGAAAAUUCAAAAUAUUCUGCUAUGGCCAUCUAUGAAGCCUUCAGCAGGAUAGUCUAACCAUGCAUGGAUCAGAAACUAUGAUCUUAAGAAGUGGUGUGGAGCCUUAUAGGGGCACUCUAAGCACCAAUAAUCCGAGGUUCAUGAAAUGCUUUAGAUACAUGGAUUAUGCCCCUGCUACAUUGUGCCAUUUAGAAUUUUGAUCACUUUAUUUGUUCAGCCUUAACCUCACCUCCCAGACUUUGACUCGCACAGCCUCCAUACACACUUCCUGGAAAAAGUCAGUUUUUUUUUUUUUCCUUCACCCUUAUUGCACUUUGUGUCAUUUUAGACACGCUCUUGUUCUGUUAAAGGAAGACCUUUUAGGCACGCAGGCUACUUCAGCUCACUGAAGUGCAGUGUCGGAGUCCCCCUUAGUCCUGCGUAUGGGAUGGUGUGUGUGUUUUUGUUUACAUUUCAGUACCAAGACCGCCACUAGUGAUUGUCUAAGAUUUAGGCACUUCCGGGAGUUUACCAGACUCUGGUCGGGCUAAAGUUUAAUAUUUCAUCUAAACGGUUUCAGAGAUUAUAUACAUUUUAUCUAAUUUUUUUAUUUUAUUAUUUUUUUGAUAGGCCUGCCAAACUCCAACAAUAACAAAGUUUGUGUGUAUAUUUUGCUUAUUGUGCAAGUGCUUGCUGAAACCUGUGGGCCCUUUUGACAUGUGGCAUAUGGCAACUCGCUGAAAAUUUCUUCUAUUGUAUAAAGCAUAGAAAGGAAAGGUCACUGAAGUGCAUAAAUAGUUUAUAAAAAUAUUCUAAUGCUGCCAUAAACCACAUAGCCACCACCGUGCUUCUUCGUAUAUCUGGAUUCCCAGAGGACAAACUGCUCCAGAGCGGAAAUGGUUAUUGUGGAGGCACACUAAUGCAACCCAAACUUAUUGUGAAGUGCAGAGAAAGAACAAUGAAUAUGUUUAUGCGCCUUCGCUCUUUAUCAACGUGUAUUGUGUGUGUUUGUGUGUAUGUAAUAGGUGUGUGUGUAUAUAUGUAUGUAUGUGUGUGUGUAUAUAUGUAUGGAUAGAGAUAUGUGUGUGUAUAUAUUUAUAUUAGGAAUGGCCUACACAGUGAUAUGCCAGAAGUGCAUCAUUCCCCAUUGUUGCAAAUUUGGGUUGCACUAGUCAACCAGCAAUAUCCUUUUGUAUUUCUGGAGUACUUUGUUUCCCACUGUACCAAAUUUCAGACUUUAUUGCCCAGCAAUGUUUUGUUUAUUUUUAUAUUUUAUAGUAAAUGCAGAGGGCGGGGGAGGCGGAUACAUUUAACACCAACAAAGGUAGCCGCUGUGCUAGUUUAAAGGGACACUUUAGUCACCAGAACAACUACAUCUUAUGUAGCCCUGGUGUCUACUGGCUGUUUCUGCAGACUUUUUAAUGUAAACACCACAAUACUGCUUAGGAACACCUCUUGUGGCAGUCAAUAAGAUAGCCACUAGAGGUGCUUCAUGUGUCAGUGCUGCAGCACACUGUGCAGCAGUGAUGUUUAACGUUUCUACGCUCUGCAUGGAGACGCUGAACUCUCCACAUAGAGAUGCAUUGAUUCAGUGAAUCUCUAUGAAAAGGUGCUGUUUGGCGCAGUGAGGCAUUUUGAUACGCAUGCGCAGUAGCCUUCCAAAGUUUACCUGUGGGGAAAGCGUUGGAUUGGCUAAAAUCUAUAAAUUUGAUCUCUGGACAGGGGCGGAGCCAGCUGCAUCAAGACCAGUGUUUUUCUGGAAAAAAGGGGUAAACUUAUUUUAAAAGAAUGGCAAGAGGACAGCAACCUAAAUGUGUUUUUACAAUUAGUGUCAGGAAUACAGGUUGUUCCUUUAAGCUCACUAAUUACUACAGUUUGCUGUUGUGAUUUCAAAGAGGGAUGGAACUGAGAAUACAUGUGAAAGGGGAACUUACUUUUAUAUCUCUAGCUAUCUAGUUAUAUCUGAAGGGCUGGGUGUGGGCUCUUGGGAGAACCAGCUGAGUGUCGAGACACUUGAAAAAAUGGUUUGGCUACCUGUUUUUCCAGAGGUGCUAGUUCACUCCUGGCUUCAUAACCUCUGUGGUUAUGAUGCUUAGACUGUCCAUUUAAAAUAGGCACAUGUAAAUUGUUGCUAUAAAUCAAAACAUACACUGUAUUACUCAUGUGACAGAAUGUGGCAGUAGUCAGAUUUGCAAUCCAGGUUACUUAGCCUAUGCUUUAAAUGUAAUUUGUAUGUAGUAAAAUUGCAAUGGUCUUAUUUGUAUUUUAUUUUUUCUAUACAUGAACAAAAUAGUCAUAAAAUUAUUGACUAAACCUAGCAAAGCGUGACACUUUACUUGGCGAUUUAUUUAAUGCAAUUUGGCAAACUACAGGGAAGUAACUUUAAACUUUUCCUUUCAUUUAGACACCUAGCUGCUGGGGCGAAGAAGGCACAGAGAAGAAAAGCGCACAUCAACGCUCUGCUUCUUGGGGUAGUGCAGAUCAACUCAAAGAGGUAUUUGUUUUUUUUCUUCUUGUCUUUAACAUUUUCAUUUUACUGCAUUAAAAACGUCAAAGAAUUGAUUGUCUGGUAAUUUUACAGGCAUUUGAUUUGUUCUGCGCAGGUUAAAAAAAAAAAAAAAAAUUUAAAUCCUUUAUAGCCCCACCUCCCCUGGGAAAUGCAAACUCUUCUGAAACACGUGAAUUUCAACAUAUUCAUUUUAAACUAUAUUUCCACCCCAUUACACCACUGAGCGAGAGGGAUAUCUUGAAGUAUUUGGCAUGUACACCUGACAGUGUGGAAUUGGUAGACCGUCCUCUGGAUUUUUUAAAAGUGGUCAAAUACUGUAAUACCCUUUUUUUUUUUUUUUUUAAGUUUUAUUUGCAUAAAAGAAACGUGUUUGCGUCAUUAUACAUAAUUUUUAAACUUUUCCUGCAUUUUAAAUGUUUCAGGCCAGGCGUUAUUAAAAUACUGCUUAACCCAAAUCUGUCACCAAGAAUAGGAAUAAUGCUAUGUGAAUAAAAACACAGGUUGCAAAUUACUACGUGUCUCUGUACACCCCCGUUGUUUUAGAAUUCUCGCCAGUAGCUCUACACCCACUCUUGAUAACCUAGUCAUCAUUGCUGCUCAAGUUCUGGCACAUUACAACUGGAUCCACAGUUUCCUAAGAAUAGAGAUAGAAUUUAUUAUGGGAACUUCACUAGGGUUGUUUUUGAUUUGUGCUUAAGUGUUUAUUUUUCUUUUUAAAUUAUUUAUUUAUAUAUAUUUUUUUUUUCAAAAAGAGAGCAUAUAAAACCAAAAGGAGAUUUGGCAUAUCUUGCUGGUAAACUAAUAUCGCUGAGUCUUAAAGGGACACUAUAGACACCCAGACAACUUCAUCUCAUUGAAUUGGUGUGGGUGCAGUGUCCCUGUCCCACUUAGACCUACAGUGUAAAUCUUUGCAGAGAAACUGCAAUAAUAACAUUGCAGUACGAAGACUUCCUCCAGUGGCUGUGUAUCAGACAGGCACUAGAGGCACUACUGGGACUCUUAAGUGAGUCCCGGAAUCUUUAACUCUUUAAGGACCAAACUUCUGGAAUAAAAGGGAAUCAUGACAUGUCACACAUGUCAUGUGUCCUUAAGGGGUUAAGGACUCAUGACAUGUGUGACAUGUCAUGAUUCUUUAUUCCAGAAGUUUGGUCCUUAAGGUGUUAAAUGGUAAAUUUGAUUUUAUACUUUCCUAUAAGGAGAGCAUAAUGUGCUCACAAGGUCUCCUGUCAGCGGAGGGAGAGUUUCACCCCAGUACCGAGGGAUAUCGGCGCUGGAAUCUGGUGAGUUACGGUGUGGUUUCUUUUUCUUUUCUUUUUUUUUUUUUUUUUUUAUCCUUUAUCUGCCGGAGAGUGGGGGACCAGAGGGCACUAUAGCGUUGGGAAUAACUCUAUACAGGGUGGCCCAUAUGUCCCUACCCAUCCAUAUAUCUUAUGUAUCCAGUGUAUCUGUGUGCUGGAUGGGUAGGGACUUAUGGGCCACCCUGUAGAAUACUUUUAACUCUCCUGCAUGUGGGGGGAGUACAAAACAGGGCUAUGGAAAAACCUGUAAGAUCAGGCAGAAUCUUCCACAGACCUUUUCACAUAAUGAGUGACAGAUGAUGGCAUAUGGUAAUGCAAGCAGUUCAAUGAGGCUCUGCAUUUUGCCCUUUUCUAAAACGUAUGCAUAGAAACAUAGAAUGUGACGGCAGAUAAGAACCAUUCGUCCCAUCUAGUCUGCCCAAUUUUUUAACUACUUUUAAUUAGUCCCUGGCCUUAUCUUAAGUCUAGGAUAACUAGAUAAUAAAAUGGUUUGAGAUUUCUAAAAGAAAAGAGAAACCUCUAUUUAGGGUAUAAAUAAUAGCACAGCUACAAAAAGACAACUCGACUGGAAAAAAUAGAGGCUCCACUAACAGGUCUCUAAUGAUGCAAAUUUGAGAGAAAAGUUAUUAAAUAAAAAUUUAAUUAAAUAUCCAGGAGUGGUAUGUAGCUUUAAACUAAUAAUGCUUCAAAAACUUGAUAAAAGAAAAAUGGAACAUUAACAUCCAAUUGUAGCUUCUUCUGUAAAAGAAACUUGGGUUAGUGAAUUCCAAUGUAUAACAGUCUAUGACUUGUAAUAUUGGUAACUGGCUGUUGUUACUCUGUAUGUGUAAGCUAAUUCAGUUAACUCCAGUUAUGGGUGAACUGGUAUUUGAAUACUGGAUUAGUUCAUUAAUAUAAUACAAUAUGAACAGUUUAUAUGGUCCUUAUAACUGAAAUAUUGUAUCUAUUGCCACAUUGUUAGUGAUAGCUAACAAACUGUAUUUAGUGACUUACAGUUUAAAUAACACUUUACUCCUAGUAAUAGGAAAUAAAGUUAAAAGUCCAAGUGCUAAUGUAAAUAAUUUAUUAAUGAAUAAAAUAGUUUAAAAGAAAAAUAAGAACGAUCCACUCACAUUAUGUCAAAUGCAUACUGGAUACUUUUGCAGGGGAAUAAAAUAUGCAGCUGAAGAAAAAUAGAUGUGUUGUCCGAUCACCGCUUGAUGAAUGGAUCGGCAAUGUUUCUAGCCGCGUGCGUGUCACCCGGUUUCCCUCCUGCGUUCCAGCUAGAAGUCGGCAGUAUUUCGGUGAAUGCCGAAAAGCAAUGUGGUGUCGUUCUAGGUGUCGUCCUAACGCGUUUCGUGAGUGUUCUCUCACUUCAUCAGAGGAACUCUCUGAAGUUACCAAUAUUACAAGUCAUAGACUGUUAUACAUUGGAAUUCACUAAUCCAAGUUUCUUUUACAGAAGAAGCUACAAUUGGAUGUUAAUGUUCCAUUUUUCUUUUAUCAAGUUUUUGAAGCAUUAUUAGUUUAAAGCUACAUACCACUCCUGGAUAUUUUAUUAAAUUUUUAUUUAAUAACUUUUCUCUUAAGUCUAGGAUAACCUUAUGCCUAUUCCAUGCAUGCUUAAACUCCUUUACUGUGUUAACCUCUACCACUUCAGCUGGAAGGCUAUUCCAUGCAUCCACUACCCUCUCAGUAAAGUAAUACUUCCUGAUAUUAUUUUUAAACCUUUGGCCCUCUAAUUUAAGACUGUUCUCUUGUUGUGGUAGUCCUUAUUUGUCUAGUGUAUAUCUUGCGCUUGCAUUUUAAAUUCACUUAUAUUCCAACACAAUAUACCGUAAGUAAGUUUCUAACAGAUGACCGUGCCUAAGGGCUAAAGUUAGACCUACUAACACAGAAAUAAAGUCUUUUGGUUUUCAAACUAAAAGGACCUUCCUAAGCAAAAUGGCCUUUACACAUCAUUGCAAGGAUUAUAGUGUAAAGUGUCUUAGGGCUCCGUCCCCCAGUAUGGCAGGUGGUUUUUUUUUUUUUUUCUUUUUGGGGGGGGGGUUUGCAGUAUGAUAAACUAGGAGCCUUCUUUUAGCAAAGGUCCACCCCCCCUUUAGUAAAGGUUGUAUAGUGCAUAAAUGAGAGGGUCUGUUUAGGGGUCUGAAGUUAAAUGAGAUUGCUAGUUGAGCGCCUGUGUAGGAGACACUUUGUAUAGUGUUACCUGGAGCCUUGAUUUAACAAUUUUGUGCUGAAGUUGUUUGUUUUUUUUUUUUGUUUUUUUUUUUAACUUAGAUUGCCAAGCUCCGUCAGCAGCUCCAGCGCACAAAGAACAGCAAUCGUCAUGUCAAAGAGAAAGAUGGUCAGCUGCCUCCUCUCCAGGGUAACCACGCCAGUCAUUCCCAGGUAACUACCGUUCUUUCAUACUUUUUUAAUUCUUGGCCAGUUUAGGAUCACCAUUGUCAGAUUUUUUUUUUGAUUUUUUUUUGAAGUCUCAAUUUCUUAAAGGAACACACCAAGCACAUAACCACUACACUCUGCCAUGGUGGUUGUGGGGCUCUGGCAUUAUCUCAGUGUAAAUAGGCAAACUGAGGAUUGGGGAAAACAAGGUGCAAGAGGGAACUGAGAAAGAACAGCUCAAAUUGCCUGCCCUUUGGUGGGUCCUCGCUCAGAUCUCAAGCUAGUUUUAGCUUAUCUUUUAACCAUUGCAAAAAGCCAGGGCAAUUUGCAUAUCCGACUUAAUGAAGAUAAUAUGCGGAGGAGGUCUCCUCUGUUUCCUUGCGCACACUUGCUUAUAACUGAAAUACACACAAAUACAGGUGUACAGGAACCUAGAAUGGGAAAAAAACAACCCGUAUAUUACGCUAUAAUCAAUUUUAAGAUUUAAUUUUUUUUAAGCAAAAAAUUAGCAAGUCAUGGUGCAUAGUUUCCCAUACAUCUGCAAGUGUGUACCUUUUAGAUUAUCCAGAUUCAUUUAUUUUUAAUAAAACUAAACUUGAUCCAAAUUUAAAGCACCACAAGUCAAAUUGGAGUUGGUCAGGGCUGUUGCUUUCUUCAUGAUAAAGUGCAAUCAAGAUUUUUUUUUUUUUUUUUAAUUUAUUUGUAGAUACAAUAAAAUUUUAUUUUGCUUUAAAUUAAAAUAAAUAAUAAAAUAACAAUUAUAUGAAUACUAUCAGGUCUUCGCCAACCUGCACAGUCUCCAGAGAUCCCUCAUGCAGGUUCUGCAUUAAACUUCCCAAGACCUGGACAAGGAAGCACCUCUAGUGGCCGUCUGAGUGACUUCCACUAGAGGUGUUACUAGGCUACAGUAUUUACAUUGAAAAGACUGCAGGGACUGACUGUAAACACCAGAACUAAAACCUUAAGCUGUAGUUGUCCUGGAGACUAGAGUGUCCCUUUAAGUGUCUGAAGCCUGGCUACGUAUCGAUAAUUUCUCUUCAAAAUGCUUUGUACAUAUGCCACCCAAGGCUGUAUAUCUAAAACAGUUCCCUUUUUUUUUUUUUUUUUUUUGUGGUUAUAAUGCUAGUUAUGGUAAUUUUAACUUUUUGUAGGACCAGAACAUUUAGAAAGGAUGGAGCUCUAUUCAAGCUUCAAAGCUUUGGUUAACUUCUCUUGACCCCAAAUAUGUGUACUUUCAUCCCUCCAGCAAUGUGUUAUGUCCCCAAUAAUGUCAUCCAUGAACUGCUGAUGUGCAUGAUUUUAUGCACAUACCAAGAUAUGUUCAAAUUAUUUGAUUUCCAAGCACAGCCAUCUUAAAAAGAAAUUAAAAAAAAAUUAAAAAAAAAAAAUUAAAGAUGGCGGAGAAGAGUCCCACAGGUACCUGUAAUACAUCAAUAGCAGUAAGUGAAGUCUGUCAUGGGUCCAAAAAAGGUUACGGGGUGGCAUUAAGUGAAAGGGAUGCACUGGUGCGUCAGCUUUUAGUCAACGGAUCCAUACCAUGACAAAGUCUCUUAAAGGAGAGUAUUGUCCUUAAAUUGUGUGGUCUUUCUUCAAAUAUUCUUCAUUGUCUGUGAAUCUGAAUCUGUUUAUCCAAUACACUAUUUUUUUUUUUUUUUAUAAAGGCUUCAUCAGUGUGAUGAUGGGCUAUGUUUUUAGUUAACAAAACAUUUUCGGUUUAACAGUUUUCAUAGCGAAGUGUGGUUUCCUGCUUUGCAAACAAAACCUCUUGUGUGUGUGUGUGUGUGUGUGAAGUUUGUGUUGGCCUAUCAUUGUGUAACUGGGUAUUUUGCAGACCGCUAAAACAUGAAAUUCUGAUGAUCCACACCAAAGGUGAGUGAGAUUAUGUAAACUGGUUAGGUGAAAGUUAAACAUUUCUUGCCUUUUUUUUUCAACAGUUGACCAUAUGACUGGUUACAUUAUUUUAUUUCAUGUAGACAAGUUCCAACUUGUCUGCAGUAUUUAAGAAUCACUUUGUCCAUUGUGUCUACAGUUUUAAAUUUGGCAAAUGCUACUAACAAUUACCAUUGUUUUUCUGCUCUCAGAAACCUUGACUUUUAAAACAUUAUUUAUGUUUCAAAACUCUGUUCUUUAUCUCAGAAAAAUGUGUACUUUUCUGGUUUUGUCCCAGUUCCUGCUCUCUGGUUUGAGUGGUGUGGUGGGGGGGUGUUAAUUUGGAAAAUUCUGUCUUUCUUAAAAAUAACUGAGAAAUAAUCCGAUUUAAUUGUACUUCCUCUAAUGCUGCUAAUUUUUUUUAUUUUUUUUAUUCCUACUUUUUACUAAACGUUGCUUAGUGUGUGUUCAGGGAGGUGUCCAUAUAAAUAUCAACAGUGGUUGGCUGUAUCACUGGUCACAAGGUGUUGCUAAAAUGGGGAGUUGUGAUGGGCAGAAAUGGCUACCAAUAGUUUCAUGCUGCAAAAGUGGUUAUAUAGACAGUUACUGGUGACUUCUUAAAAAGUAUCUUUGCAUGCACUCUUAAUUACACCAGCACAGUGCAUGGAUUAUCUGUUAUCUGCUUCAAGGGGAUUGUUGUACUUCACAUUUUGUGGUUAUUAUAAAAAUUGCAAAUUCCAGCCUUUAUAAAAAAAGUGUGUAUUUUAUUUUAUUUUUUUGCCAAAAUAAGAAUUGUCAAGAGAAAAAAAGUUAAGCUCUUGUAAAAGGCCUGAUCUUUUUGCUUGAUUCCACUCUAUAUCUUACUUUGAUGUAAAUAUAAACACAAACCUGUAUCCCCGACACUAUAGGCCUAAAUGCAUAUUUUAGGUUCCUAGUUCUGGUGACUAUAGUGUCCCUUUAAUCUUCCCUUUUUAGAAUAGGCUACUCAUGGAAGUUUAUUCACUUGCAUACUAAAGAUGUGUGUAAUUUGAAAUGCAAGAGACCCUUAACACGCACCCAUCUGUGCUUGGCAAAUUGCCCUUUAGUCCAGAUCUUAUCAAUAGCUGUACAGUCACUAGGGGAGCUUUGUGUGUGUGUGUGUGUGUUAAAGUGACGCUAAUCUUUGUCUCCUCUGCAUUGCUCAUUAUCUCUCUAAUAUAGAUCUGGAUGGAUGGACUUUGAUUUAGAUAGAUCUAUAUCAUAAAAAGGUUAUGGUGGGGAAAAAUUGUAAUUUGAAAACCCCUUCCAGCUGAUGUCUGUGGAUAGUUAAUGCAAUGUUAAACAAAAAUCUGCACACCAGUCAAGCCAUAAGACUUACUUUUCCAACAGAAAUGACAAAUUUGCAGUGAUGUUACUACCGCAAAGGAUUCUGGGUGGGCACAUGCAAAUUAGUUUAACAAAGACUCCCAUUUUUGCCUCAUUACAUUUUAAACAUGGAUUCCUUUUGAGAUCUAUAUAGCCUGCUCUCAACCCCAUAGACAAUGUUUCCUCAAUUUUAUUUUAAAUGUAUCUGGUGGGGUCCCGUUCCAACAGUUGGUAGGUGUUCUGAUCUGAUAGUUGUCCCCUCAUUUUCGUUUGCAUAAUAUGUGUAGUCCAUAAUCACGAUAACUCCACCCUUGACUGCUGAGCGUAUGAUUGAUCAUCUGCCAAUUCUUUAAAACCGUAAAGGGAAACUCUGGUGCCAGGAAAACAAUCCGUUUUCCUGGCACUGCAGGUCCCCUCUCCCUCCCACCCCCAAUCCCCGGUUGCUGAAGGGGUGAAAACCCUUUCAGUAACUUACCUGAGACAGCGACUAUGUCCCUCGUCGCUGCUUCCUCCUCCUCUGCAUUGCGUCGGCCGGUGGGAGAUGCUGAUCCCGCCUACCGGCCGGGGAGACCUAAUGCGCAUUAGCAUUCCCCAUAGGAAAGCAUUGAAAAUGCAUUUCACUGCUUUCCUAUGGGGAAAUUAGCGACGCUGGAGGUCCUCACACAGCGUGAGGACAUCCAGCGACGAAACCAGGAAGUGCCUUUUAGUGGCUUUCUAGUAGACAGCCACUAGAGGAGGAGUUAACCCUGCAAUGUAAUUAUUGCAGUUUAUAAAAAAAACUGCAAUAAUUACACUUGCAGGGUUAAGAGUAGUGGGAGUUGGCACCCAGACCACUCCAAUGGGCAGAAGUGGUCUGGGUGCCUGGAGUGUCCCUUUAAGGACGACAGGCGUCCACGCCGUUCUGGCCACUUACCUGCUUGCCGGCGAUCCCACACUAGCGAUCGGGAUGGGGGGACUUACCUUGCAUCCCAGGGAGUCCCCCCUGCUGCUCAUCUGGCCCUCCUUGGCCAUGUGAUCGUGAGAACCUCACGAUCACAUGGGUGGAAUAGCCGUCCAUAGCAGUGCCAGCAGGGGAGUGCCUGGAAUGACAGGUAGUCCUCUGCUGCCUGUAGAAAGUUAAAUAAAGGUUAAAACUGUUUUUAAAAUAAAUACUUAGAUUUUAUAUAUAUUUAUAUAUCUAUCUGUCAUUAAAAGUGUGUGUGCGUGUGUGUUCGAUCAAAUGCGUAUCUUGUAAUACCUUUUUUAUUGGACUAACAGAAUUUUUUUUAAUGACCAGCUUUCGGGAGAACCUCCCUUUCUCAAGUCUGAAGCAUUUCUGAGCAAGACAACACAUAGAAUUCAAAGUUGAGUUGUGAGUUGAGUUAAAGCGACAUGAGUGUAGAUAAGACACAGGUUUGUUAGAAAAUAGACACCAUUUUUGCAGAGGGUCAUAAAUAUCUUUCUGAAGAGCAGAGUGAGGAGGGAGAAGAAAAACAUACGCAGACAGUGCAGAGGAUGGUACACUCUAUACAUGCACACGCACAUAAAUAUGUAUAUGUGAACGCAUAAACACAUGUACAUAUACAUAAACACACAUAUAUAUUCGUGUGUGUGUGUGUGUGUGUGUGUGUGUGUGUAUAUAUAAAUUAUAAUAUACAGUAAUAAAAGUAUGGAAAAGCAUAGGUCUACACAUAGUACUUUGUACAUAGAAAGAAUAAACAUAUAGGAAUGCGUUUAAGUGUUGAUACAUAUGACAGAACAGUAAGAUAAUGUGGGGGAGUGUUCAUGUAAAGUGUUGGUAGUGGGACAGGAAUCCCAAAUCAAUAUUUAGUCCUCUAUUCUUGCUGUUAAACCAUUUAAUCAUUCUGGCUUCAAAAGUUUUUAUUUCCUGGGUAUUUUUAAAACCCCUUUUCAGUACUUUGAUUUUUAGGUCCGUCAGUGAGUAUAUAUAAUGUUUGUGAAUUACCCCCAUGAUACCAUUUGCAAAAGUAGACAACCCAAGGUAUUGCAAACAGGGUAUGUCCAGUCAUAUUUUAGUAGCUGCAUAGUAACAAACACUGGCCAAAAUUGGCGUUCUAUUUAGUUUUUUGCAUUUUUCACACACCAUAUUAAUGCUUACUUUGGCCAGUGUUUGACCAAGUGGCUACUAAAAAAGACUGGACAUGCCCCAUUUGCAAUACCUUGGGUUGUCUUCUUUUGCAAAUGGUAUGCCAUCAUGGGGGUAAUUCUCAUUCCUGGGCUACCAAUCUGGCAAAUUUCAAUGUGAAAAGAAACUGAAAAAUGUAACGUGCUAUAUUCCUGUAAUUUCCCAAAACGUCAUAAAACAUGUACAUGGGAGGUAUUGUUUUACACGUGAGACAUCGCUGAAUACAAAUGUGUAUAUUAUUGCAGUAAAAGCAAACCACAUUAUGACAUUCACAGUUGAAAUAUCAUGCACAACUAAAAAAAAUAACAUUUCUUAAUUUCUCAAUUUUUUUUAAAUAUUUUAUUCAUAUUACAUUGUUUCAUAGCUAAAUAUUUGUUAAAUGAAAGCCCUAUUUCUCCUGAAUAAAAUGAUAUAUAAGUGUGGGUGCGCUUAAUAUGAAAGAGGUGAAUUACGGUUGAACAGACAUAUAGUCAAAUUCAAAGUUUUGUUUACAUUUUAUUUUGAUCAAAACGUGUACAUUUGGCUCAGUCCUUAAGGGGCUAAUCUACUAUUCUCUAAAUUGAACUUUAAUCACACACAAGAGGCUCUGGAUAGUUCUAGAAGGCUAUUAACAGAGCAGGAGAUAAUAAUAAUAUAUUCUAAAUUAAACAGAAUGUGCAAUAAAUAGUUUUUUAAACAUUGGAUCUCUACAGGAAGUGUUUUAGGAGGACUGUGUAGGUCAGACAGGAGGGAGGUGUGACUAGGGCUGUAUAAACUAAGUAACGUAUCACCUAAAAUGAGAAUUGUGCAGUGAGACUGCAUGAUCUAUGCACCAAAACUGAUUAAAUUUCUUUUGGUGCCUAUAAUGUCCCUUUAAUAUUGAUCCAAUAAACAACCAUAUAUUUUAUCAUUGCAAUAGUUGCCCUUUUUUCUGCUUUUUAAAAAUAUACUCCUCAUUUUGGUGUUUUUUGUUCUAAAGUUAUCUCUUCAGAUUGUCUAUCAUGUCACAAAUGGCGUUGGAUACUCUUUUCGGACAGUUCAAGUGUGUUCUGUCAGAAUUUGUUCACCUUGAGCUUCAAACUUGUCUCAGUGCAGCUGGUGGCGAAAGGAUCUGUACGGAGGCGUAUAGAGCCAUACACUUGGAAUAUUGCAAACCAUGCUAAAAAAGGAAUUGAGGCAUUAUUCAAGCUUAUGAAUGUUGAGCCCCCUGGGACAGCAGGUCUUUUAGGCUUUUUUAUUUUUUUAAUGUAUUUUAAUUUGUUUACUUUCACUCUGUCUGAUCUGUUUUAUUUUUAAACUGACAGCUCUGUGUAUUUUUCUUAUAGUAGCAACCUUGGCAUCUGAGGAAAAUAUGAUUAAUCAUUUGAAAAUAAGCCACAGCUUAUUUAAAUAUCUUUGCUACAGAUACAAGUCUACCCAAAUUCAGUGGAAUUUCUGAAUGAGAUUAAAGAGGUAGUUGUGCAGUAAAGUAAAAUAACAUGUUUUAUAGUCUUCCCAAAAUCUUAUCAAAUAUGUCCCAUUGUAAGUAUGCCAAUAAUAGCAUGAGGCCUUCCAAACAAACCAGGCAGCAAAUUAGUAGGAUGUCCAUGGCAGAUUGUGUCUAGACUUGACGUUUAGAAUUCUCUGUAGACCACAGCCCUUGAAUGGACAUAUUGCAUUGUUUGCACUUAGUUUUUACUCUAUUUAUUUAUUUUUCUCAACCCACUCUUAAUUGUUCGUCGUUUCUGCCCUCCAUUUGUAAACUGCUUGAAAUUGAAUACGAUUUUUUUUAUUUUUUUUAUUUUAGGGUUCGCAAAGGGUGCUCGAUCGUGGAAAAUGUUAAAGAUUGUGUGUGCAUGCAAAUAUACAUCUCUCUCCUUCAUUGCUCAUAAAUGGUUUAAAACUAAAUUGAGAUACAGUGCCAAGGGGGUUCAGGCACUAUAACCAACUCAAUGAUAUGAAAUUAUUAUAGUGCCCACGGUUUCCCUUUCUUAUUAAUUUAGACAAGAAUUCUAAUAGUCACAUGCCCAUCUAAAGGUCAGGUAGUGUAUUAAGCUCUGAUCAAUAAGGUUCUAUGUCUUAUGAAAUAUUUGUAUUUGGUUGUGUGAAAUAACCACAUAAAUGGAUAUGGGAUCUGUGUCUUAACAAAAAUCACAGAUGUGUGUGUUUGUUUCCAUAGCUUUGCCAUGCAAAACACUAUUGUGGGUUUUAAAGUAUAGCAAAGCAAGUAGGUGGGUUCCUUGAUCUUGGUAUUGGUUGCUUGGAAUGUACCAUUUGUGUAUUAAAGUAGACUUUCUAAAUUCUAAACCUUGGAAGCUUACUGGGCUCCUGUUCUUGUUCAUUUUUAUUAAAUGUAUCUGAACUGUCCACAAUUUCCUUUAAAGUGGAAAAGUAACUUUGCAUUUUGCUUUUUGUUGCAGACUUCAGUAUCCAGAUCCAUCCCCAUGCCCACUGCGAGUAUCUCCGUUCCAAAAUCUGUAGGUUCAAGAACUCCAUGUAAUGUUGAAGGAAUAAGUCCUGAACUUGAAAAAGUCUUCAUUAAGGAAUCUAGUGAAAAAGAUGAUGGAAUAAAGGUAUGGUCUUAAUAUACUUAUUGGAAUACCUGGGGAUUUACCUUUUACACGCACCACUAAAUUUGCUAUAGGAGAUUUACAGGAGAAUUCAUAUCUGAAAAAGUGGAAUUUGACCCACUUCUACUUAAUGAACAGGGUAAAUCUAAUUAAAUAUUUUUUAUUUAUUUUUUUAAAUUGGGGAUUAAAAAAAAAAAAAAUGUUCAUCCUUUCGAAUCUCUAAAUAUUUAAAACCUUGCCUGUUUCAGUGCCUCACCACUUCACCAAAUUAACAUAAUUAUAUCUCACAAAUUUUCACACCCAGCAGCACUCAUUCCAAUAUAUUUGAAAACGGAGUACGAUGUCCAGCAGGGAACAGUGGAUUUGGUGGGUCGAGUCCAUCAGAUCAACAAUGGAAGAAAUUAAUUUCGUCUGCCCUGGGUGCUAGACAAAAAGAUAUAAAAACAAAAAUUGGGAUCUCUGGCUAUGAUGGUUCAAGCUACCUAAAGGCUGAUAGCUCUAUCUAUUAAAUGUAUUCUAUAAUAUAUGACCAUUAUGACUCGAAUUGAACAUGUUCCAUACUAAACUUCAGACAAAAAAUUGCAACUGUUCAAAUUUCUCCCCCCCAGGCAUAUCCUGUCACGUUUGUGUGAAAAUGUUUACUUAAAAGCUCCUUAUUGCAGAGACCCUCACUGGUAGUCUUGCCAUCUUUUGCAUCUAAUCUUUACCAUCACUGUAUUAGCAACCCACACUUUCUUACUCUAUACAUUGUGUAUCAGGGCUUAAAAUUACAAGGUCUAUGCUACUAGUAAGGCUUUUAAGUUACUUGCUGCAAUAAGCCUUGUGGGCUCAUGGCACACACAACCGGGGUUAAUAACCUUUUCAAACAGUAUCUGCUAACAGGUGGUAAAAGUGAUGCAGCUUUGCAAAGCUAUGUAUAAACCUUCUCAUUGCAGUCCUCAGAAAUUCCCGAUGGACGUAGAGCACCAUUGCCUUCCACUUAUCGUAGCAGUAGCACUCGCAGCAUUGACACACAGACUCCCUCUGUCCAAGAGAGGAGCAGCAGUUGCAGCAGCAACCAUUCUCCUUGUGUUUCCCCUUCUUGUCCCCCGGGGUCACAGGAGGGAAGUCCAUGCUCAACAGAUGACUUGCUUUACGACCGUGACAAAGGUAAGCUUAUACCAGUUGAAAUUGCAGCUUUACAUUUUUAUUUUUAUUGUUGUGACGUGUUCAGUGUGUGUGUGUGUGUGUGUGUGUGUGUGUACAUUUCUUCUCAUUUCAUUUACCAUGCUUUCUGUUUUGUUCUUACUGCUUACAAACAUCUUCCAUAAGUUGCUUCCAGAGCAAUGUGGUUAAUCACUAGACACGGACUUAUGUUGAGAUGAUGUAAUAUGGACGUUUUAUGCAUAAUGUGGACUUUAUAUUUCCUGGCUUUUUCCCUCUUCAUUCUUAUCUUGGUCCAAAUAAACAACCUUUCCAUGCUUUGUGAAUAGCCCUUACUCUUUAGUAAGACUGCAACAGAGCCUUUUACCAUGCAUCAUUGAUCGUUUUUGUGGAGGGAAUGUCUAGACAGUCUUACAAAUUACCUGCUUUUUUGAAAGAUGUAGAGCUAUUCAAAACAUGAUUGAAUCGGAAUGAAGGGGGGUAAAGAAGAAAUGGUGAUUUUACCUGUCCAAAAGCAUUUCGAUGCCCUCUGUCAAAUGGUUUAUGGUCUCCAUUGCGAAAGGUUUUAAAUCCUUUGCAGCAAGAGCUGUCCAAGUAGCACGAGUUUAACUGAAUACAUCUUUGGCUUAAAGCUGCUCAGCUCCUGAUACACGCUAACAGAAUGUAAGCUAAAGCAUGCGAGUAUAGUCAAUGAGCUAUAGAGUUCCAGAAUCUUUACAAAACUUUUUAAUCUAGUUUCCAUAGUGGAUAAACUGAAGAUCCACAUGUGAUUACGGCAUACAAAGCUAAGAAUUGGCUGGAGUGGAGUAAAUCUUUGCAGCGUUGAGACUCCAUUGAUUUUCUUGCACAUGGACAAUUUUGUUUCCAUCAGCAAUAAUGAGCGAUGGCUUUUGGAACAUGACCGGAUGUAAUGAGUGCUUCUCUAACCACAUCUCAAACAUGUAUUCCUGGCUCUAUAGUAUUAAAACCACCAUCUAGCCCUCCUGGUCCCAUCUUGCCUACUUAAAUAUGGUAAAAUCUUACUUGUAUUAAAGUCUGCAGCUCCUGGCUCUGCCCCUGUUUACCUGUGAAUUGCCUGUCUGACGUCAUCAUCAGAAGUGGUGAUCUGAGUCAAUCACAGUACUUCCCCAUAGGAUUGGCUGAGACUAUCAAGGAGGCAGAUGAGGGGCAGAGCCAGCACAAGUAAAACACAGCCCUGUCCAAUCAGCAUCUCCUCAUAGAGAUUAAUUGCAUGCAGACACGGAAUUUCCUCACAGAGAUGCAUUGAUUCAGAGGGUGGAGACACUGAAUGGCAGUGCUGCUUACUCUGCAGCACUGGCACAGGAAACACCUCUAGCAGCCACCUGAGUGGCCAGUGGAGUUAUCACUAGGCUGUAAUGUAAACGUUGCAUUUUCUCUGAAAAUGUCAGCAUUUACAGCAAAAAGCCUGAAGGGAAUGAUUCCACUCAACAGAGCAAAUGCAAUAAGCUGUAGUUGCUCUGGUGACUAUAGUGUCCCUUUAAAAUUUGGCAAAAUAUUUUAAGUCUUUGCUUGUAUGUAUAUCUGCUGAUUGUAGUAGAAUUAUGCAGUCUGUAUAAGAUUUAUUUUCUUCUUCAUCAUGGUCACUAACCAAAUGAAGAACUUCAGUGAUAGUGCUGCUUUGUUUUCCAUAGUUUGUAACUACCUAAUAUGUAGUGUCUCUUUCAUUGCAUCCGAACAGCAUUUUUACCAAUUUGCGAUCUGGACCGAGUCCUCUUACUACAAAUAAACUAGCUAUAAACCAGUGAUUGUAUGUGUUCAUUCUUUAAUAUGCUGCAGAUGGGGAUCUUUAUUCUGUGCAUAAUCUUGGUUUAUGCAUCACUUUGCAAUGAAUGUGUUACAAAAAUCUUAAAUGUAAUAUGCCUAAUUGUGUUUCAGUUUUUAAGCAAAUAUAGAGUCGGACAUAGCAAUUGUAAAGCUAGAUUCUUUAAGGCCAUUAAUGCUACCUAUUGCAGGGGUCCUCAAACUCCGGCCCCCCCCCCACCCCCCAGAUGUUGCUACAACUCCCUUUAUUCUUUGAAUUACAUAGAUGGCCAGGGAAUCAUGGGAGUUGUAGUUCAGCAACAUCUGGGGGGGGGGGGGCAGAGUUUGAGGACCCCUGACCUAUUGUUUUGUUACACAAUUAAGGUGUACAAGCACAAGUCUCCUCUUAGUGGUGGAAUAUUUGGUCACGUCAUGGUUGACUAUGGAAGUGCAGCCACACUUAAUCACAUGCAUGUGUGUAGUGCUUAUUUUGAGUGCUAUAAGGAAGUCAUUUAUGAGCAAUGGGUCAUUAAAUUUUGCCCUGGAUCACUUUGGGUGUGGCUGCUCAAAGCAGCAGGUGGUUCCUUUUUUUUUUCGUUCUUAAAAGCAAAGAUUAGCUGGCACGAAAACUGUAAUUUUCCAUGCGGUCAAGACACUUUAAAUCUGCUCUGUCUCCUUUGGAGAUUUUACAAAGACUACCUGAUGGUGACAUUGCUGCAUGGAGUGCAGUGGCACAAGGUUGCAUCAGAAGUUCUACUUACCUAAAGCUGUCCCCCACGAUUGUCACCAAUUUCUUUCUUCAGCUUCUUGUUCUUAAUCCAUCAGGAAAUAUAUUCUUGUGCCAGUCAAAUGUGAGCAAUAUUGAACGCAUUCAGCGGCGCCAUGCUGUAUGUGAUGAACCCAAAUGUGAAGCCCUGUGAAAAUCAAAGAUCUUAAAUAAAUUCCUCUUGUGACUGCCAGGCUGACAGACAGUAGAGGCAUGUAGAGACAGUAGAUGCAUCGUAAACUCUUGUUCGAGAAAAGAGAAUGCAUCGAUGCACCACAUCAUCAAUAUUUAAGAUGUAUCCGCCUUGGUGCCAAGUGUCCCUUUAAUGUACUUGUCCUAGUUUAAUACGUGUUAUCAGUAUUGUGGUCAGUAAGUUUUUAUGAUGCUAUUGACAUUCAACAUUUGCACCAUAAACUAAACAUUUUCUCCAUUGUUACGAACGUCUGAAAUAAUAACCACAAAUGUUUGUGUAUUCAGACCAACACCUUAACCAAUUUUGUUCCACACCUUGACUGCCGUAUCAACAAGACAAUUGACAAGCCUAAUUGUUGCCACAUACUUGUAUAGUGUUUCUAUUACAUUCCGAUCUUUGUUUUGUCUUUAGAGAAUCCAAUAUUUGUUCCAACAUACACUAAAAGUGUGAUUGUAGUCUCCUUGGGAUUUGUCCGGUGUAACAUGAACUAUACAUUACAGAUUAAAAAAAAUAGUGUGUCCCUGGUUGGAGACUUAAUAUGAAUAUGUGGUUUCAGUGUGUAUGUGCUGAAAAUAGUAGCUAAAUUAAUUUAAUCAGGUUAUUCAUUAAAGUGUAAGUCAAAGUGAAUAGCUAAUUUUGGAACAAAAAUAUUCAGUUUAAUUAUACAGCUGACUGUGGGACACUGGUUAUUUUUGCCUAAAAUUUGAAAUGCACUUUAAUUUAAGAAUUUAUUCUAGCGGAAAACUCAAUUAUAUCUAAAUAAUCUUGUCUGAUUUGGCAGACAUUUACAUUUUGCGAAGCCUCUGGCAGGAAAUGUGUGUGGUUUUUUUUUUUUGUUUUUUUGUUUUUUUUUCAACCCUAUGGAACAGUUUGUGGGAUCCAAGUCAACUGCUUUAAAAUAAAAAUGUACAGAGAGAACCUUCAUUAUAGGGUUAUCUGUACUGUAACCUGGUGUAUUGAGGAAAAAAAAAAAGAAAAGAAAAACAUUUAAGCCAGAAUAGUGGAAUUGAUGGUUGGAAAAGUUUUCAACUUUUCUUUUUUGGCCUAAAUGGUUUCAGAUCUGUGUAAAUGAACUCCUUGGUGUGACCCAAAAUGUUCUCUGCUGUGGACAUUGUGUAUACACACACUUUGUUUCGGCAUGAAGAAUAUUUUAUAUGUGCUUUGCUUGUUUUUGCUUCUGCUUUGCCUUACUGAUGGAAAGCUUAGCCAAACAUUCCUCCUUCUUGAAUACCAAGAUAGAGCAUUUUUCUUUUUUUUCCAGCUGUAGUUACAUGAAAUUCUGCUUAUUUGGAAGACCAGUCUCUCAACUCUUGGCUCUCAAUCACUAGUAAUAUCGCUGCUUUAAAUUUUCAGACAGUGGGAGUAGCUCACCGCUGCCCAAGUAUGCCUCAUCUCCCAAACCAAACAACAGCUACAUGUUCAAACGAGAGCCCCCAGAGGGAUGUGAACGAGUGAAGGUCUUUGAGGAAAUGUCGUAAGUAAUGUAUCUUUUUGUCGGCUGGUGGCUGCUAAGCACUAAAGUCUUUCUUCCGUGUUCAGCCUUUUAAUGAUUACGUAGACAAGUCCAGCUGAUCUGCAGCUACAAAGAGUCUAUCAAACUGCUGCACUCCUUCUGUUUGCUUCCAAUGUUUACAGGAAGACUUAGUAUGUUAUCUAUAGGGGAAGCAAACAGUCGAUGUAUGUACAAAAAAGGAAGGGCUUGCACUUUUCCAUAACGGAUUUCUCCUCAAUGCGUUAGCCAUGCUGGUUGCAAUGUAAGUGCUGCUCAAUAUGUUCUUCAGCCACAUUUCAAUAAAGUUGUAUGUUGCUGGCCUACGCUGGGGGAGAUGUAUAAAUGUGCAGCAAUAUUCACACCUACUUCUGUUGUAGGUAGCAUAUACAGGAAAUAAAUUUCUCAAUCUGGACGCUUUAGAACAAACAAGUGAGGGCAGCUUUCAAUUUAUUAGUAUUGAGUGGAUGAAAAAAUGUCAGUUCAGACCUUGGUAUACACUUCUACAGAAGCAAAAAUAAGAAUCAGGGGCUCAUGUUUAGUGGUUUAUACAUCUCCUCCAUAGUAUUCUUCAAAGCAGUCCGGUUUUCAGAUUUUAUUUAUUUUUUCGUUCUUGAAAGAACUGUUCUUCAAAAACAGAGCUGAUUGCACUAGGGUGCAUGAUGUUAACCACUGGGUGAUUUGGUCAUUUCCGGUCAUUGAAAUCAGCAUGGACAUCUUUAUUACAAACGUCACAAUUUCUCAACAUCCCUGCUAAAACACAAGUUUCAAUUUAUUCUACAUGUGUUUAAAAUAGUAGUCUAAACCAUUUGGACUUUGCUAAUCUGAGAAAUGUUGCACACUUCUUUCAAUGAGCAGGCUGCUCUAUAGUAUAACUUGCGAUGUCCAUGCCUGAAGGUCCAAUACUAUACCACAUUUUGAUGGUGUUUGUUCAACCAUGAUUUCCCUCUUCCUCAUUAAAGGACCACUCUAGGCACCCAGACCACUUCAGCUUAAUGAAGUGGUCUGGGUGCCAGGUUCAGCUAGGAUUAACCCAUUUUUUAAUAAACCUAGCAGUUUCAGAGAAACUGCUAUGUUUACAAAUGGAUUAAUCCUUCCUCCAAUUCCUCUAGCGGCUGUCUCAAAAGGCAAUUUUUUUUUUUUUAAAUUUUUAUUUUAUUUUUUAUUUUUAGUUGUGUUUUUACCCCUUUCCUCUCCCGAGAGCCGGGCGGGAGGGGGACCCUGAGGGUGGGGGCACCCUCAGGGCACUAUAGUGCCAGGAAAACGAGUAUGUUAAAGGAACCCUAUAGUCACCUAGACCAUUUUAGCUUAAUGAUGUGGUCUUGGUGCAGUGUUCCUGUCCUCCUAACACUGCAAAGUAGAACAUUGCAGGUUUUUUUAUAUUAACAAACUGCAAUGUUUAUAUUGCUGGUUUUAGUUAACCUCUGAGGUGAGCAGCACUAUGGGACUCUUUGUGCUUGAAAAGGGGGGGGGGGGUAGAAGGGAGAUCUUUUAUUUGAUUCCUCUAGGAAAAAAAGCAAAUUUUAGGUAACACAGCAAAUGUGUUCAACGUUUUGGUAUGCUGGGUCUAUAUUUUUAUAAAGUUUGGAACCUCGGUGUAUUAACCUCUGACCUUAUUUUGUUUUCAUGCAUUCAUGUACCAGUCUUGUCCAAAUAUCCUGGUACAUUACUCUAUGAGAGUCACACUUUAAUCAUGAAAGGCCCUGGGUUACCUAAUGGAUUAAAGUGCACUUGACCAACACUUUAAUUACUGUGUAAUGCUAUUUUCAAUUAAUAAUUUUUGGGAGGAGAGUUCAGACCGUUUGAGGACUGAGACUGUGGUCAAUAGAUCUUCACGCAUCCCCAUAGCUAACCAUAGUAUGGAGUCAGGGUGACUCUUAAUUGAUAAAUGGGUUAAAUGUAUUUUGAAUGGAAAUCAGUGCUUGGACCCAUUAGUGAAAGAUGACAAGAUAUUUAUUAAUAUCAAAGUCUCGCUCUCAAUCAGUUUGGUAUUAGCAUUGCUAACUAGACCUUUUCCCUGCAUGCAUUUUCACUCUUUGAGGAGUCGCAUGCCAGGAAUUCCUGGAUUUGGGUCUGAAACGAAUAACGUAAUCACAAUAACUUCAGUCCACAAAUCAGGGCUGCAAUUAUUCUUUCACCCUGAUGUGUUGACAUAUUAAUGGUCAUUUGAACCAAUUUGGGGGGGGAAGGAGAGAUGUGCGUAAUUCUAACGUCUUAAUACUUAAAUUCUAUUUCUAGUAACUUCCAUUGACAUUUUAAAUGUGUCCCAUUUCUUAUGCCUCCGAUAUACAAUGUUACGAAUUCAAAAUGGUAUUGUUGUAGAUUUAAAAAGGACGCUAUAGUCACCAAAACAACUUUAGCUUAGUGAAGCAGUUUUGUGUAUAGAUCAUGCCCCUGCAGCUUCACUGUUCCAUUCAGUCAUUUAGGAGUUAAAUCACUUUGUUUAUACAGCUCUAGUCACACCUCCCUGCAUGUGACUUACACAGCUUUCCUAAACACUUCCUGUAAAAAGCAAUUUAAUGUUUACACUUCUUUUAUUGAACAUUCUGUUUAAUCACACACUGGAGGCUCCUGCAAGGUCUAGCAAGCUAUUAGCAGAGCAGACAAUGCAUUCUAAAUUAAAGUUCAUUUUACAGAGCAGGAGCAAAAAAUAUUUAAGGUAAUUUACAUGUGAAUGAAAAUGGAACCAUUUUAUUUUUUUAAACCGGCUGUGUCAGUCACAGCCAGGGGAGGUGUAGCUAGGGCUGCAUGAACAGAAACAAGUGCUUUAACUCCUAAAUGGCAGUGAAUUAAGCAGUGAGACUACAUACAACAAACCUGCUUUAUUAAGCUAAAAUUUGUAGGCGAAUAUGGUGUCCCUUAAUGUCUACAACAAAGCAUAGGAACAUAAUGUGAGAGACUUAAGCCAUCUGAGGGCAAAGUAGUGGCAGUUAAUUAACCCCUCAACAGGACUAUUUUAUGUGUGGCAAUUCUACACAUUCUAAAUAUACAUUUUGUAACCAGGUUUCUAGAAAUGUCAUACCUUUUUGUCUAUUUGCCUUCAUUUUAUGUUUGUUAAAUAUCCCCUUCUGAUCAUUGAAAACAUGCAAGAAAAGAAAGGUAACUGAUGGCAUCUUGGGAGAGUAAAGGUGCAGAAUUUUCUUGAAAUGGAUGUAGUUUUCUUUCCACUUGCUUCCGCAGCACAUCUCCCCUCACUGAACACUUCAUUAGCCCUUAGUGAAUUGAGUAAGAAAGAACUACCCCAACAUAAAGUUAAAUGUUUCUUAAUAUAUAGAUUUGAACAAAUAUUAAUGAAUAUUGCCCAAUGCUAGCAAGUGUUCUGUUUCUUUGAAAACCAAUGUUGGCUUAUCUGGCAACACAAAAAAAUAAUCUGCAUGGCUAGUGUUUUAUCGGAAACCUAAUUGUGAUUUUAUGUUUGGCAUUUAUAUUUUUAUUUUUUUUCAUUAGUAUGAGAUUGUCAUGUUCGAUCAAAACUAAAACCUAAAUGAAAAUAUUUAAUUAAAAAAAAUUCUCUCCUUUCAAAACUUGAAAAGGAUUAUUACAUUUAAAAUAGUUCUGAGGUUACAGUACUCCUUCAAAGAGACACUGUGGUACAAAGAAAGCAUUUUCAAACUCAGAGAGAUGAAAUGGCUAACACUGAAAGGAUAGACAGACUCAGAUUUCCAUGCACUAUAACUUUUUAAAGGGGAACUAUAGUGCCAGGAAAACAAACUUUCAAGACCCCCUCACGCGGCACUGAAGGGGUUAAUAAACCCUUCAGUCUCUUACCUGGGUCCAGCUCCGAUGUCCCUCGGCGAUGGAUCAGCUCCGCCGCGCUUGCAUUAGGAUCUCCCCAUAGGACAGCAUUAUUCAAUGCCUUUCUAUAGGUAUUCCGGCGACGCUGGAAGUCCUAGUGCAUAGUAGUCUAAGAAGCCGGAAGACCUCAGCCACUAGAGGACGAGUUAACCCUAGCAGUUAUUGCAGUUUUAUCAAAACUGCAAUGAUUACCGGUUAUGGGUGAUGGGAGUUGGCACCUAGACCACUUCAAUGAGCUGAAGUGGUCUGGGUACCUACAGUGUCCCAUUAACACUGAAGGAAAUUCAAUGGAUGCCCACAGUCUGGCCUCUACUGGAGGUGUGGCUAAGGCACAGAUUAAACAUUUCCUUCUAGUCUUACCAUUUAGUCUUGCCAUAUCUGCUCAGGCUGCUUGUCAUUAGCCCAAGCAGCACAGAGGGCAUGGGUUGCUGGGGACUCUGGUUUAGAUAAUAUAGACAAUUUAUUGCUGAAUGGAAAGAUUGCACCAGGGGACUCCUGACUCUAACCAAUGCCUACUUUGUCCAUUUAAGUAGACUUUAGACUCAUUGAUGCCUAAUCUGAGCCAGUUUGAAUUUUUUUUUAUUUAUUUUUUUACACACAUCUAACUGCCACCAAAAUAGAAUUUUAACCUGAAAUUUCCCUCCUGUCCCAAACUUUUAUUUACUGAUGGACCCUUAUUAAACGAAAUUUUAAAUAUUGAAUUAUUUUCUCUGCAAUAUAUUGACAAAACAGUUGAUGCCAUUUCAUUCCAAUCCUCCCCCCCCACCCCCCCCAAAAAGAAAAUUCUUAGAAUUUCACAUUUCCUUUAACAUUAUAGAUAUGUAUGUGACUUGUUUUUGUGCUAAACCAUUUAGCAGUACCAGUCUGGUGACCAUGAAAAUGUGUUUUAAUGUGUGCAUCCUUCCCACACUUUUGCGGUUAUGGAAGAGGUUUGCCAGAGGGAAGAAUAUCCUCCCAUCUUUCAUUACCAUAACAGCCAUAUUAAACAUGAUCAGUGUUUUCUUGCAUUACAAAUGAUUAAACUGUUUUAUAUUUAUAUACUGUCUUAAUUAACUGAAACUUUUUUAUUUUUUUCUUCUUCUUCUUCUUCUCUGUUGUCCAGGACACGUCAACCAGCCUCUCCUGCUCUCUUUUCAUGCCCCGACAAAAACAAGGUUAAUUUUAUCCCCACAGGAUCAGCUUUCUGUCCUGUGAAACUCUUAGGUCCCCUGUUGCCUGCUUCUGAUCUAACGCUCAAGAACCUUCCAAAUAAUGUUCAAAGCUCAGGUGUGAGCAGUGUGACCAUCGAACACCUUUCAUCUCAGGUCUCUUCCUCAUCUCUGUCAGAAAACGCCACCAGCACAGACAACAGCGAGACCAAUGGCCGUGUAUCGUCCCAAGACCUACAGCUUGUGGUGGAACAACUGACUGAAGAUCAGGUUUCAUCAUCUCCUCCUAAUCCUAACCAUGUACUUUAAUUCCUGACAGAGCAGGUCUCUGUUUUAACAAGCUGACUUGAAUCCAUGUUACAAAACUUUUGCAUGUGGAUUGGUAAAACCCUAAUUAAAAAAAAUAAAAAAAUAAUACUGCUUAGAGCAAAUUAUCCUAUAUGCCAAUGUUUAUCUUGGACCAGAACUUAUUUUUUAUUUUAUUUUUAUUUUCUUUUGAGUAGUGAUAAUUUGUGCAAAACUCCCACCGGUAUUAUUUAAUCUAUUUCAGUGUGGACUAUGCAUUUCAAAGUAUGUCUGAACAGGUAUAUCUGCUUUCCGUGUGCUCAAACUUUACAGUAAUCAUAAGCUCUAUCAACAAAUCAAAGCCUGUCUAAGCCGAGAAUUGUCUUGCUGUGUUGUGUUCUAUGGAGAAUACUGUACUUCAGGAUUAUGUUUACAAUUGAGCUAGAUGUCUGACAUCUCUAGUCAGUUUGGUGAAGGUGUAGUCUGCUAUGGACUCCAUUACAGGCACCUCUGAUACUAAAGUGAUACAAAUAUGUAAUGCAAAAAUAAACUCAACGGCCACAUCAAUUGCACAGUGCCCGUCCUAAGGCCUAGCUUUCAGGUACUUCUUUCGAAGUUAUAAAACUCAGGUAACUUGGAAUGUAAACCACAUUGGAAUUAUCCAUCCUUACUGCUUAAAAGAAGCUCAAAAUUAAGAUACGAGAUUCUAUUAUAUGCAUAUAUUAUUUUUAUUUUUUUUUUCCCCUUGCGGCAUUCCACCAUCUUGGAGUCCUAUCCAGGUGGAACGUUCUAGGCACUGCUCUUCUAGAGGAACCAGCAAACCUUGUAAUUCAGAUGUCAUAGUUUUUUGUAUUUAUUUUCUUUCCAGAAUGGUCUUGAAGACUCUUGGCUACUGCAAAGUUCUAGUACAUGUACACACACUUUUCAGUGCGUGUCAGAUGUAUAAAGUUUCCUACAAGGGCCACUGGCUAUUUAUUUGGAUCUCCUGCUCAACCAAUGUUUCCUCUUUAAAUGGUGUAAAAAAAAAAAGUCCCUUGUAAGCUGAAAACAAAGUUAAUGCCUAGUUUCUUUAGUGUUUAAUUUUUAAAAAAAAAUUUUUUUUUAAGCUGAUUUGUACAGCUGUUUUUAUUUAAGUUUAGGUUUUUUUUUUUUUUGUUUUUUUUACAAAUUAGGCGUUUUGAUAAAUGGCACAAGCAAUACAAUGAACUCUUGCUAAUCAAAAUGUCACAAAAGCACCCUAGUGGUGGUCUCUAUUUUUAUAGUUCGUGCUGCGAUGUGUAAACUUUGCUACUGUCUGAUAAUACAUACCCUGUUCUGUACAUGUUUGUUUUAUUCUGUCAGUGUUGGUUCAUUAUGGCGAUGCCAUGACCCGUACCAAAUUUCUGAGAAUUGGCAUUAAUUGCAGUUGUCAAUGUACAGAAUAAUUUAUCCCAUUCACACAAUAUUUAGUUUGUGAUAUAUGCACAGUGAUCUAUCUCCCUGUAAAAUGUUGCCUUGCCCAUUAUGUGUAUUUUAUAUUUUAUUUCACUGUUGCACAUUGUUUGACUAGAAAUUACAACGUAUGAUCCUAGGUGGAGAAUAAAAUAUUUAAUUUUUUUUUUUCUAUUUAUAUUUUUAUAAGUCUUUAGGCGAAAGUAGCAAAUUAUUCUUUUUCUUUGUGUGUUUCUACUUUGCUAAAGCCAGUUCAUACAGUAUUUAGAAACACUGCAGAAAAUGGCACUAAUUGCAACAUAUCUCAGGUCUGUGUAAAAAUAAAUCAAAUAAAAACAUUUAAAUUAAUCACAAGAUAACUGUGGAUAGAUACAUUGAAAUAUUGAAGUACAACUCUGGUUAUAUUUUUUCAAUGUUGAGAUUCAGUACAGUAUUCCCAAUACUUACAUUUUGAUUCCUAGAAUUGUACCAUGACCGAUUAAGGGUUAAAAUGACAUUCCUACAUAUUCUGAAACUAUUACAUUGAUAAAUUGUCCUCCUUUUCUAUGUGAAAUUAGAUAUAAAAUUUAUCUGUGCACAUUUUUUUGUCUGCUUAUUCUGUGUGAUCAAUCAAGGUUGUAGAAGGAAACAAAAUCCAAACACUCUUUAAAAGUUCUAGAACCUUAGCUUCAGUGUAUUCAGGAAAAAAGUAGACAUUUUGUUAAAGAUCGAUUUAAAGAUUUGUACAUAAUUACUGUUAUUUCUAGCCAAUGUGCUGAACAGUAUUCCAGUUACCACACAACAUUGCUUCAGAGAAAAGACUGUGUGGCUUUUGUUUUGUAUUUUUUCAGUAUAGAAGUUCUUGUGUCUUUAUUUAAAUAAAGUUAUUAGUAAAAUGCAAAUCUCUUGUCUGUGAUUAAUGUGAAUUGCACUGUUUAAAUAAAAUAUUUGCUCCAUGA